CAUCAGUUAACGCUGGACUUAUUACCAAUCCGAACAUGAACUGCAAAAACAAUUUUACAAAAGGAUGAUUACGAAACGAUCAAACUAUGGAAUUAAAUCACAAUUAAACUGGAGUGCCGAAACCGAAAAUUAAUUACCAGCUUAUCGGAUUAAUUAUAUAUUACAUAUUUAUAAUGGAUUUAAAAAGAUCUCAGGAACAUGUACACAAUUUGCUCAAACAUGAUCAAAAGUUAGGUGUCCGGAAGAAAAGGGGAAUAGGCGUAUUGAUUGUGUUCAUUGCCUGUGUUUCUACAAUCAUAUUGACAUCAUUAAAAGGACAACAGUCUCAAGAUACAGAAUGGGAGUGGUAUAUAUACAGCAAAGACAUGGUAUCAUCACCAGACAUAGAAUAUGUAGAAAUAUACCACCCAAAUGGCGCACCGGAGGAUGCUGUGCUGGGACUGUGGAGAAGUGUUUAUCAAUACUGGGGAACCUACAGACUGCUGUGGAUAAAGCCUCUUCAAUUAAAUAAAACACAUAUGAAAAUAGACCUGAGGAAGUCCAACAUCCACGAUACACUUAAAGCUGGAGACUAUUUUGCAGUAAAAUUGCAACGCAAGAACUUGCAACUUAUUGUGCCACACAAAGCGAAGCAUUCACGACUUCGUAUUUUGGUAUCAAACGAUGAUGCCAAUAUUUCAAAUACAGCCUACUUUCGGCAUACAGAUAUGUCGGAUAUAGGUUUCCAUCUAAAUACUUUAUAUACUCACGAAGGUGGAAUUAUAAUAGGGGAAAAGCCUUCAAAAUAUAAAUCUUUAGAAACGAAUAGUUUUACUGACAAUGAGCUGCUAACAAAUACAAUGAACAAUUAUAACCCAAAGCUUGAUCAAAACAAGGACAAAUAUGAUUCAACAAGUUACAGCCAUUAUGUUAAGAGAGAUGCAAACUUACGUAUCCCGGAUGAUCUCACAAAUUUGACCAGCAGCUCACAAGAUUAUAAAAACUCUAGUGGUACUCGUUCUGGUACGAGGCGUAGAAGAAGUAGUAGCUCAACGUCAACGAAUAACCAACAGUUUGAAAAUAGCCCCUCCAAUUGGACAGCAGAGAUAGUUGAGAAUGAUACACCGAGUGAGAGUGCCGGCGAAUUAGAGCAGUUUAUGCUUAACAUAGAAGGAGCUACUGGAAUUACGGGAGCUACAGGAAUUUUGGGACCGACGGGAGCAACGGGAACUUCAGGAGCUCUAGGACCCACUGGGGCUACGGGGCCCACAGGCAUUACAGGAGCUACAGGACCUAUAGGAAUCAUGGGACCAACGGGAGCUACUGGUACGUCAGGAGCUCUAGGACCCACGGGAUCUACCGGACCGACAGGAAUUUUGGGACCCACGGGAGCUACAGGACCUUCAGGGCUUACGGGAGCUACAGGACCCACGGGAAUUACUCCAGGAACCACAGGGGCUACAGGAACCACGGGGGCCACGGGAACCACUGGAGCGACAGGAACCAUGGGAGCAACAGGUACCACGGGAAUUAUAGGAGCUACAGGACAAACAGGUGCCACCGGACUAACUGGAUUUCAAGGAAAUAAUGGACCAACAGGAUCAACUGGACUUCUAGGAAGCACAGGGCCAACAGGAGCAACUGGACUUAUAGGAAGCACAGGGCCAACAGGAGCAACUGGAUUUCUAGGGAGCACAGGGCCAACAGGAGCAACUGGAUUUCUAGGGAGCACAGGGCCAACAGGAGCAACUGGACUAACUGGAGCGACAGGGUCACAAGGGGCAACAGGACCAAAAGGGGCUCAAGGACAAGUGGGUGCAACUGGACCAUCUGGGAUAAGUGGUGCAACAGGAACAAGUGGUGCAACUGGACAAACUGGUGCUUUGGGGCCAACUGGUGCCACGGGUUCUCCAGGUGAUAUAGGCGCAACGGGGCUUAUAGGUUCUACAGGACCAACUGGAGCAACAGGACUAAUCGGUACCACAGGCCCAACAGGUGCUACUGGUAUAUCUGGUGCCACUGGACCAAGUGGUGCUACAGGACAAACUGGUGCGACAGGAUCUACUGGAGCAACAGGCUCUACAGGAUCCACAGGUGCAACUGGUGCCACAGGAUCUACUGGAGCAACGGGAUCAACAGGCGCAACUGGUGCAACAGGCCCUACAGGAGCGACUGGUGCAACAGGGUCUACAGGAGCAACAGGUGCCACAGGAUCUACAGGGGCAACUGGUUCAACAGGAUCUACAGGAGCGACUGGUGCAACAGGCUCCACGGGAGCAACUGGUGCAACAGGAUCAACGGGUGCAACUGGAGCAACAGGAUCUACAGGGGCAACUGGUUCAACAGGACCUACAGGAGCGACUGGUGCAACAGGCUCCACGGGAGCAACUGGUGCAACAGGAUCAACGGGUGCAACUGGAGCAACAGGAUCUACAGGUGCAACUGGUGCCACAGGAUCUACAGGGGCAACUGGUGCAACAGGGUCUACAGGAGCCACUGGUGCAACAGGCUCUACUGGUGCCACAGGAUCUACAGGGGCAACAGGGUCUACAGGAGCAACUGGUGCAACGGGCUCGACGGGCGCGAUAGGUGCCACGGGAUCAACUGGUGCAACGGGAUCCACAGGUGCAACUGGAGCCACAGGAUCUACUGGAGCUACUGGGGCGACAGGCUCUACAGGGGCAACUGGUGCAACAGGCUCCACGGGAGCAACUGGUGCCACAGGAUCUACUGGGGCGACAGGCUAUACUGGUGCAACUGGUGCAACAGGCUCCACGGGAGCAACUGGUGCAACAGGAUCAACUGGCGCAAAAGGAUCUACAGGUGCAACUGGUGCCACAGGAUCCUCAGGGGCAACUGGAGCAACAGGGUCCACAGGAGCGACUGGUGCCACAGGCUCUACAGGAGCGACUGGUGCAACAGGUUCUACUGGUGCCACAGGAUCGACAGGGGCAACUGGUGCAACAGGGUCUACGGGUGCAACUGGAGCAACAGGAUCUAUAGGUGCAACUGGUGCCACAGGAUCUACAGGGGCAACUGGUGCAACAGGGUCCACAGGAGCGACUGGUGCAACAGGCUCUACUGGUGCCACAGGAGCAACUGGUUCAACAGGAUCUACAGGAGCGACUGGUGCAACGGGCUCGACGGGCGCGUCAGGUGCCACGGGAUCUUCUGGUGCAACAGGCUCUACUGGUGCCACAGGAUCUACAGGGGCAACAGGAGCGACUGGUGCAACGGGCUCGACGGGCGCAACAGGUGCCACAGGAUCUACUGGUGCAACAGGAUCCACAGGUGCAACUGGUGCCACAGGAUCUACUGGAGCUACUGGGGCGACGGGCUCUACAGGGGCAACUGGUGCAACAGGAUCCACGGGAGCAACUGGUGCCACAGGAUCAACGGGCGCAACUGGAGCAACAGGAUCUACAGGUGCAACUGGUGCCACAGGAUCUACUGGGGCGACAGGCUCUACUGGUGCAACUGGUACCACAGGAUCUACAGGGGCAACUGGUUCCACAGGAUCUACAGGAGCGACUGGUGCAACAGGCUCUACUGGUGCCAUAGGAUCUACAGGGGCAACUGGUGCCACAGGAGCUACUGGGGCGACAGGUUCUACAGGGGCAACAGGUGCAACAGGCUCCACGGGAGCAACUGGUGCCACCGGAUCAACAGGCGCAACUGGAUCGACAGGAUCUAUAGGUGCAACAGGCUCCACGGGGGCAACUGGUGCAACAGGAUCAACGGGUGCAACUGGUGCCACCGGAUCUACUGGAGCUACUGGGGCGACAGGCUCUACAGGGGCAACAGGUGCAACAGGCUCCACGGGAGCAACUGGUGCCACAGGGGCAACAGGCGCCACUGGAUCGACAGGUGCAACUGGUGCAACAGGCUCCACGGGAGCAACUGGUGCCACAGGAUCUACAGGGGCAACUGGUGCCACCGGAUCUACUGGAGCUACUGGGACGACAGGCUCUACAGGUGCAACAGGCUCCACGGGAGCAACUGGUGCCACAGGAUCAACAGGCGCAACUGGAUCGACAGGCUCAACAGGUGCAACUGGUGCAACAGGCUCAACGGGAGCAACUGGUGCAACAGGAUCAACGGGUGCUACUGGAGCAACAGGAUCUACAGGUGCAACUGGUGCCACGGGAUCUACAGGGGCAACUGGUGCAACAGGGUCUACAGGAGCGACUGGUGCCCCAGGAUCAACGGGCGCAACAGGAUCUACAGGUGCAACUGGUGCCACAGGAUCUACUGGGGCGACGGGCUCUACUGGUGCAACUGGUGCCACAGGAUCUACAGGGGCAACUGGUUCAACAGGAUCUACAGGAGCGACUGGUGCAACAGGCUCUACUGGUGCCACAGGAUCUACAGGGGCAACUGGUGCCACGGGAUCUACUGGAGCUAUUGGGGCGACAGGCUCUACAGGGGCAACAGGUGCAACAGGCUCCACGGGAGCAACUGGUGCCACAGGAUCAACAGGCGCAACUGGAUCGACAGGAUCUACAGGUGCAACAGGCUCCACGGGAGCAACUGGUGCAACAGGAUCAACGGGUGCAACUGGAGCAACAGGAUCUACAGGGGCAACUGGUGCGACAGGGUCAACAGGGGCGACUGGUGCAACAGGCUCUACUGGUGCCACAGGAUCUACAGGGGCAACAGGAUCUACAGGAGCGACUGGUGCAACGGGCUCGACGGGCGCGACAGGUGCCACGGGAUCUACUGGUGCAACAGGCUCUACUGGUGCCACAGGAUCUACAGGGGCAACAGGAGCGACUGGUGCAACGGGCUCGACGGGCGCUACAGGUGCCACAGGAUCUACUGGUGCAACAGGAUCUACAGGUGCAACUGGUGCCACAGGAUCUACUGGAGCUACUGGGGCGACAGGCUCUACAGGGGAAAAUGGUGCAACAGGAUCCACGGGAGCAACUGGUGCAACAGGAUCUACGGGCGCAACUGGAGCAACAGGAUCUACAGGUGCAACUGGUGCCACAGGAUCUACUGGGGCGACAGGCUCUACUGGUGCAACUGGUGCCACAGGAUCUACAGGGUCAACUGGUUCAACAGGAUUUACAGGAGCGACUGGUGCAACAGGCUCUACUGGUGCCACAGGAUCUACAGGGGCAACUGGUGCAACAGGAUCUCCUGGAGCUACUGGGGCGACAGGAUCUACAGGGGCAACUGGUGCAACGGGAUCCAUGGGAGCAACUGGUGCCACAGGAUCAACGGGCGCAACUGGAGCAACAGGAUCUACAGGUGCAACUGGUGCCACAGGAUCUACUGGGGCGACAGGCUCUACUGGGGCAACUGGUGCCACGGGAUCUACAGGGGCAAUUGGUUCAACAGGAUCUACAGGAGCGACUGGUGCAACAGGCUCUACUGGUGCCACAGGAUCCACAGGGGCAACUGGUGCCACAGGAUCUACUGGAGCUAAUGGGGCGACAGGCUCUACAGGGGCAACAGGUGCAACAGGCUCCACGGGAGCAACUGGUGCCACAGGAUCAACAGGCGCAACUGGAUCGACAGGAUCUACAGGUGCAACUGGAGCAACAGGCUCCACGGGAGCAACUGGUGCCACAGGAUCAACGGGCGCAACUGGAGCAACAGGAUCUACAGGUGCAACUGGUGCCACAGGAUCUACUGGGGCGACGGGCUCUACUGGUGCAACUGGUGCCACAGGAUCAACAGGCGCAACUGGAUCGACAGGAUCUACAGGUGCAACUGGUGCAACAGGCUCCACGGGAGCAACUGGUGCAACAGGAUCAACGGGUGCAACUGGAGCAACAGGAUCUACAGGUGCAACUGGUGCCACAGGAUCUACAGGGGCAACUGGUGCAACAGGGUCCACAGGAGCGACUGGUGCAACAGGCUCUACUGGUUCCACAGGAUCUACAGGGGCAACAGGAUCCACAGGAGCGACUGGUGCAACGGGCUCGAUGGGCGCGACGGGUGCCACGGGAUCUACUGGUGCAACAGGCUCUACUGGUGCCACAGGAUCUACAGGGGCAACAGGAGCGACUGGUGCAACGGGCUCGACGGGCGCAACAGGUGCCACAGGUUCUACUGGUGCAACAGGAUCCACAGGUGCAACUGGUGCCACAGGAUCUACUGGAGCUACUGGGGCGACAGGCUCUACAGGAGCGACUGGUGCAACGGGAUCCACGGGAGCAACUGGUGCAACAGGAUCAACGGGCGCAACAGGAUCUACUGGUGCAACUGGUGCCACAGGAUCUACUGGGGCGACAGGCUCUACUGGUGCAACAGGAUCAACUGGUGCAACUGGUGCAACAGGAUCAACGGGCGCAACUGGAGCAACAGGAUCUACAGGUGCAACUGGUGCCACAGGAUCUACUGGGGCGACAGGCUCUACUGGUUCAACUGGUGCCACAGGAUCUACAGGGGCAACUGGUUCAACAGGAUCUACAGGAGCGACUGGUGCAACAGGCUCUACUGGUGCCACAGGAUCUACAGGGGCAACAGGAGCGACUGGUGCAACAGGAUCCACGGGAGCAACUGGUGCACCAGGAUCAACGGGCGCAACUGGAGCAACAGGAUCUACUGGUGCAACUGGUGCCACAGGAUCUACAGGAGCAACAGGUGCCACGGGAUCUACUGGUGCAACAGGAUCUACAGGAUCCACAGGUGCAACAGGAUCUACAGGAGCGACUGGUGCAACAGGCUCUACUGGUGCCACAGGAUCUACAGGGGCAACUGGUGCAACAGGAUCUACUGGAGCUACUGGGGCGACAGGAUCUACAGGGGCAACUGGUGCAACAGGAUCCAUGGGAGCAACUGGUGCCACCGGAUCAACGGGCGCAACUGGAGCAACAGGAUCUACAGGUGCAACUGGUGCCACAGGAUCUACUGGGGUGAUAGGCUCUACUGGGGCAACUGGUGCCACGGGAUCUACAGGGGCAAUUGGUUCAACAGGAUCUACAGGAGCGACUGGUGCAACAGGCUCUACUGGUUCCACAGGAUCCACAGGGGCAACUGGUGCCACAGGAUCUACUGGAGCUACUGGGGCGACAGGCUCUACAGGGGCAACAGGUGCAACAGGCUCCACGGGAGCAACUGGUGCCACAGGAUCAACGGGCGCAACUGGAGCAACAGGAUCUACAGGUUCAACUGGUGCCACAGGAUCUACUGGGGCGACGGGCUCUACUGGUGCAACUGGUGCCACAGGAUCAACAGGCGCAACUGGAUCGACAGGCUCCACGGGAGCAACUGGUGCAACAGGAUCAACGGGCGCAACUGGAGCAACAGGAUCUACUGGUGCAACUGGUGCCACAGGAUCUACAGGGGCAACUGGUUCAACAGGAUCUACAGGAGCAACUGGUGCCACAGGAUCAACGGGCGCAACUGGAGCAACAGGAUCUACAGGUGCAACUGGUGCCACAGGAUCUACUGGGGCGACGGGCUCUACUGGUGCAACUGGUGCCACAGGAUCUACAGGGGCAACUGGUUCAACAGGAUCUACAGGAGCGACUGGUGCAACAGGCUCUACUGGUGCCACAGGAUCUACAGGGGCAACAGGAGCGACUGGUGCAACGGGCUCGACGGGCGCAACAGGUGCCACAGGAUCUACUGGUGCAACAGGAUCUACAGGAUCCACAGGUGCAACAGGAUCUACUGGAGCUACUGGGGCGUCAGGCUCUACAGGGGCAACUGGUGCAACAGGAUCCACGGGAGCAACUGGUGCAACAGGAUCAACGGGCGCAACUGGAGCAACAGGAUCUACUGGUGCAACUGGUGCCACAGGAUCUACUGGGGCGACAGGCUCUACUGGUGCAACUGGUGCCACAGGAUCUACAGGGGCAACUGGUUCAACAGGAUCUACAGGAGCAACGGGUGCAACGGGAUCAACGGGCGCAACUGGAGCAACAGGAUCUACUGGUGCAACUGGUGCCACAGGAUCUACAGGGGCAACUGGUUCUACAGGAGCGACUGGUGCCACAGGAUCAACGGGCGCAACUGGAGCAACAGGAUCUACAGGUGCAACUGGUGCCACAGGAUCUACUGGGGCGACGGGCUCUACUGGUGCAACUGGUUCAACAGGAUCUACAGGAGCGACUGGUGCAACAGGCUCUACUGGUGCCACAGGAUCUACAGGGGCAACUGGAGCAACAGGAUCUACUGGAGCUACUGGGGCGACAGGCUCUACAGGGGCAACAGGUGCAACAGGCUCCAUGGGAGCAACUGGUGCCACAGGAUCAACAGGCGCAACUGGAUCGACAGGCUCUACUGGUGCCACAGGAUCUACAGGGGCAACAGGAGCGACUGGGGCAACGGGCUCGACGGGCGCAACAGGUGCCACGGGAUCUAAUGGUGCAACAGGCUCUACUGGUGCCACAGGAUCUACAGGGGCAACAGGAGCGACUGGUGCAACGGGCUCGACGGGCGCAACAGGUGCCACAGGAUCUACUGGUGCAACAGGAUCCACAGGCGCAACUGGUGCCACAGGAUCUACUGGGACGACAGGCUCUACAGGGGCAACUGGUGCAACAGGAUCCACGGGAGCAACUGGUGCAACAGGAUCAACGGGCGCAACUGGAGCAACAGGAUCUACAGGUGCAACUGGUGCCACAGGAUCUACUGGGGCGACAGGCUCUACUGGUGCAACUGGUGCCACAGGAUCUACAGGGGCAACUGGUUCAACAGGAUCUACAGGAGCGACUGGUGCAACAGGCUCUACUGGUGCCACAGGAUCUACAGGGGCAACAGGAACGACUGGUUCGACGGGCGCAACAGGUGCCACAGGAUCUACUGGUGCAACAGGAUCCACAGGUGCAACAGGAUCUACUGGAGCUACUGGGGCGACAGGCUCUACAGGGGCAACUGGUGCAACAGGAUCCACGGGAGCAACUGGUACAACAGGAUCAACGGGCGCAACUGGAGAAACAGGAUCUACUGGUGCAACUGGUGCCACAGGAUCUACUGGGGCGACAGGCUUUACUGGUGCAACUGGUGCCACAGGAUCUACAGGGGCAACUGGUUCAACAGGAUCUACAGGAGCAACGGGUGCAACAGGAUCAACGGGCGCAACUGGAGCAACAGGAUCUACUGGUGCAACUGGUGCCACAGGAUCUACUGGGGCGACAGGCUCUACUGGUGCAACUGGUGCCACAGGAUCUACUGGGGCAACUGGUUCAACAGGAGCUACAGGAGCGACUGGUGCAACAGGCUCUACUGGUGCCACAGGAUCUACAGGGGCAACUGGUGCCACCGGAUCUACUGGGGCGACAGGCUCUACAGGGGCAACAGGUGCAACAGGGUCCACAGGAGCGACUGGUGCAACAGGCUCUACUGGUGCCACAGGAUCUACAGGGGCAACAGGAUCUACAGGAGCGACUGGUGCAACGGGCUCGACGGGCGCGACAGGUGCCACGGGAUCCACUGGUGCAACAGGCUCUACUGGUGCAACAGGAUCUACAGGGGCAACAGGAGCGACUGGUGCAACGGGUUCGACGGGCGCAACAGGUGCCACAGGAUCUACUGGUGCAACAGGAUCCACAGGUGCAACAGGAUCUACUGGAGCUACUGGGGCGACAGGCUCUACAGGGGCAACUGGUGCAACAGGAUCAACGGGUGCAACUGGAGCAACAGGAUCUACAGGGGCAACUGGUGCAACAGGAUCCACGGGGGCAACUGGUGCAACAGGAUCAACGGGCGAAACUGGAGCAACAGGAUCUACUGGUGCAACUGGUGCCACAGGAUCUACUGGGGCGACAGGCUCUACUGGUGCAACUGGUGCCACAGGAUCUACAGGGGCAACUGGUUCAACAGGAUCUACAGGAGCAACGGGUGCAACAGGAUCAACGGGCGAUACUGGAGCAACAGGAUCUACUGGUGCAACUGGUGCCACAGGAUCUACUGGGGCGACAGGCUCUACUGGUGCAACUGGUGCCACAGGAUCUACAGGGGCAACUGGUUCAACAGGAUCUACAGGAGCGACUGGUGCAACAGGCUCUACUGGUGCCACAGGAUCUACAGGGGCAACUGGUGCCACCGGAUCUACUGGGGCGACAGGCUCUACAGGGGCAACAGGUGCAACAGGCUCCACGGGAGCAACUGGUGCCACAGGAUCUACUGGGGCAACUGGUUCAACAGGAGCUACAGGAGCGACUGGUGCAACAGGCUCUACUGGUGCCACAGGAUCUACAGGGGCAACUGGUGCAACAGGGUCUACAGGAGCAACUGGUGCCACAGGAUCAACGGGCGCAACUGGAGCAACAGGAUCUACAGGUGCAACUGGUGCCACAGGAUCUACAGGGGCAACAGGGUCUACAGGAGCGACUGGUGCCACAGGAUCAACGGGCGCAACUGGAGCAACAGGAUCUACUGGUGCAACUGGUGCCACAGGAUCUACUGGGGCGACGGGCUCUACUGGUGCAACUGGUGCCACAGGAUCUACAGGGGCAACUGGUUCAACAGGAUCUACAGGAGCGACUGGUGCAACAGGCUCUACUGGUGCCACAGGAUCUACAGGUGCAACAGGAUCAAUAGGCGCAACUGGAUCGACAGGAUCUACAGGUGCAACUGGUGCAACAGGCUCCACGGGAGCAACUGGUGCAACAGGAUCAACGGGUGCAACUGGAGCAACAGGAUCUACAGGUGCAACUGGUGCCACAGGAUCUACAGGGGCAACUGGUGCAACAGGGUCCACAGGAGCGACUGGUGCAACAGGCUCUACUGGUUCAACAGGAUCUACAGGGGCAACAGGAUCCACAGGAGCGACUGGUGCAACGGGCUCGAUGGGCGCGACAGGUGCCACGGGAUCUACUGGUGCAACAGGCUCUACUGGUGCCACAGGAUCUACAGGGGCAACAGGAGCGACUGGUGCAACGGGCUCGACGGGCGCAACAGGUGCCACGGGAUCUACUGGUGCAACAGGCUCUACUGGUGCCACAGGAUCUAUAGGGGCAACAGGAGCGACUGGUGCAACGGGCUCGACGGGCGCAACAGGUGCCACAGGAUCUACUGGUGCAACAGGAUCCACAGGUGCAACUGGUGCCACAGGAUCUACUGGAGCUACUGGGACGACAGGCUCUACAGGGGCAACUGGUGCAACAGGAUCCACGGGAGCAACUGGUGCAACAGGAUCAACGGGCGCAACUGGAGCAACAGGAUCUACAGGUGCAACUGGUGCCACAGGAUCUACUGGGGCGACUGGUGCCACAGGAUCUACAGGGGCAACUGGUUCAACAGGAUCUACAGGAGCAACGGGUGCAACAGGAUCAACGGGCGAUACUGGAGCAACAGGAUCUACUGGUGCAACUGGUGCCACAGGAUCUACUGGGGCGACAGGCUCUACUGGUGCAACUGGUGCCACAGGAUCUACAGGGGCAACUGGUUCAACAGGAUCUACAGGAGCGACUGGUGCAACAGGCUCUACUGGUGCCACAGGAUCUACAGGGGCAACUGGUGCCACCGGAUCUACUGGGGCGACAGGCUCUACAGGGGCAACAGGUGCAACAGGCUCCACGGGAGCAACUGGUGCCACAGGAUCUACUGGGGCAACUGGUUCAACAGGAGCUACAGGAGCGACUGGUGCAACAGGCUCUACUGGUGCCACAGGAUCUACAGGGGCAACUGGUGCAACAGGGUCUACAGGAGCAACUGGUGCCACAGGAUCAACGGGCGCAACUGGAGCAACAGGAUCUACAGGUGCAACUGGUGCCACAGGAUCUACAGGGGCAACAGGGUCUACAGGAGCGACUGGUGCCACAGGAUCAACGGGCGCAACUGGAGCAACAGGAUCUACUGGUGCAACUGGUGCCACAGGAUCUACUGGGGCGACGGGCUCUACUGGUGCAACUGGUGCCACAGGAUCUACAGGGGCAACUGGUUCAACAGGAUCUACAGGAGCGACUGGUGCAACAGGCUCUACUGGUGCCACAGGAUCUAUAGGGGCAACAGGAGCGACUGGUGCAACGGGCUCGACGGGCGCAACAGGUGCCACAGGAUCUACUGGUGCAACAGGAUCCACAGGUGCAACUGGUGCCACAGGAUCUACUGGAGCUACUGGGACGAUAGGCUCUACAGGGGCAACUGGUGCAACAGGAUCCACGGGAGCAACUGGUGCAACAGGAUCAACGGGCGCAACUGGAGCAACAGGAUCUACAGGUGCAACUGGUGCCACAGGAUCUACUGGGGCGACUGGUGCAACAGGGUCCACAGGAGCGACUGGUGCAACAGGCUCUACUGGUUCAACAGGAUCUACUGGGGCGACGGGCUCUACUGGUGCAACUGGUGCCACAGGAUCUACAGGGGCAACUGGUUCAACAGGAUCUACAGGAGCGACUGGUGCAACAGGCUCUACUGGUGCCACAGGAUCUACAGGUGCAACAGGAUCAACAGGCGCAACUGGAUCGACAGGAUCUACAGGUGCAACUGGUGCAACAGGCUCCACGGGAGCAACUGGUGCAACAGGAUCAACGGGUGCAACUGGAGCAACAGGAUCUACAGGUGCAACUGGUGCCACAGGAUCUACAGGGGCAACUGGUGCAACAGGGUCCACAGGAGCGACUGGUGCAACGGGCUCGAUGGGCGCGACGGGUGCCACGGGAUCUACUGGUGCAACAGGCUCUACUGGUGCCACAGGAUCUACAGGGGCAACAGGAGCGACUGGUGCAACGGGCUCGACGGGCGCAACAGGUGCCACGGGAUCUACUGGUGCAACAGGAUCUACUGGAGCUACUGGGGCGACAGGCUCUACAGGGGCAACUGGUGCAACAGGAUCCACGGGAGCAACUGGUGCAACAGGAACAACGGGCGCAACUGGAGCAACAGGAUCUACUGGUGCAACUGGUGCCACAGGAUCUACUGGGGCGACAGGCUCUACUGGUGCAACUGGUGCCACAGGAUCUACAGGGGCAACUGGUUCAACAGGAUCUACAGGAGCAACGGGUGCAACAGGAUCAACGGGCGCAACUGGAGCAACAGGAUCUACUGGUGCAACUGGUGCCACAGGAUCUACUGGGGAGACAGGCUCUACUGGUGCCACAGGAUCUACAGGGUCAAUUGGUUCAACAGGAUCUACAGGAGCGACUGGUGCAACAGGCUCUACUGGUGCCACAGGAUCUACAGGGGCAAGUGGUGCCACCGGAUCUACUGGGGCGACAGGCUCUACAGGCACAACAGGAUCUACAGGAGCGACUGGUGCAACGGGCGCGACAGGUGCCACGGGAUCCCCUGGUGCAACAGGCUCUACUGGUGCCACAGGAUCUACAGGGGCAACAGGAGCGACUGGUGCAACGGGCUCGACGGGCGCAACAGGUGCCACAGGAUCUACUGGUGCAACAGGAUCCACAGGUGCAACUGGUGCUACAGGAUCUACUGGAGCUACUGGGGCGACAGGCUCUACAGGGGCAACUGGUGCAACAGGAUCAACGGGUGCAACUGGAGCAACAGGAUCUACAGGUGCAACUGGUGCCACAGGAUCUACAGGGGCAACUGGUUCAACAGGAUCUACAGGAGCGACUGGUGCAACAGGCUCUACUGGUGCCACAGGAUCUACAGGGGCAACUGGUGCCACAGGAUCUACUGGAGCUACUGGGGCGACAGGAUCUACAGGGGCAACUGGUGCAACAGGAUCUACAGGAGCGACUGGUGCAACAGGCUCUACUGGUGCAACAGGAUCUACAGGGGCAACUGGUGCCACAGGAUCUACUGGAGCUACUGGGGCGACAGGAUCUACAGGGGCAACUGGUGCAACAGGAUCCACGGGAGCAACUGGUGCCACAGGAUCUACUGGAGCUACUGGGUCGACAGGCUCUACAGGUGCAACAGGCUCUACGGGAGCAACUGGUGCCACAGGAUCAACAGGCGCAACUGGAUCGACAGGAUCUACAGGUGCAACUGGUGCAACAGGCUCCACGGGAGCAACUGGUGCCACAGGAUCAACGGGCGCAACUGGAGCUACAGGUGCAACUGGUGCCACAGGAUCUACUGGGGUGACGGGCUCUACUGGUGCAACUGGUGCCACAGGAUCAACAGGCGCAACUGGAUCGACAGGAUCUACAGGUGCAACUGGUGCAACAGGCUCCAAGGGAGCAACCGGCGCAACAGGAUCAACGGGUGCAACUGGAGCAACAGGAUCCACAGGUGCAACUGGUGCCACAGGAUCUACAGGGGCAACUGGUGCAACAGGGUCCACAGGAGCGACUGGUGCAACAGGCUCUACUGGUGCCACAGGAUCUACAGGGGCAAUAGGAUCUACAGGAGCGACUGGUGCAACGGGCUCGACGGGUGCGACAGGUGCCACGGGAUCCACUGGUGCAACAGGCUCUACUGGUGCCACAGGAUCUACAGGUGCCACAGGAUCUACUGGGGCAACAGGAUCCACAGGUGCAACAGGAUCUACUGGAGCUACUGGGUCGACAGGCUCUACAGGAGCGACUGGUUCAACAGGAUCUACAGGAGCGACUGGUGCAACAGGGUCUACUGGUGCGACAGGAUCUACAGGGGCAACUGGUGCCACAGGAUCUACUGGAGCUACUGGGGCGACAGGAUCUACAGGGGCAACAGGUGCAACAGGCUCCACGGGAGCAACUGGUGCAACAGGAUCAACAGGCGCAACUGGAUCGACAGGAUCUACAGGUGCAACUGGUGCCACAGGAUCUACUGGGGCGACAGGCUCUACUGGUGCAACUGGUGCCACAGGAUCUACAGGGGCAACUGGUUCAACAGGAUCUACAGGAGCGACUGGUGCAACAGGCUCUACUGGUGCCACAGGAUCUACAGGGGCAACAGGAGCGACUGGUGCAACGGGCUCGACGGGCGCAACAGGUGCCACAGGAUCUACUGGUGCAACAGGAUCCACAGGUGCAACUGGUGCCACAGGAUCUACUGGAGCUACUGGGGCGAUAGGCUCUACAGGGGCAACUGGUGCAACAGGAUCCACGGGAGUAACUGGUGCAACAGGAUCAACGGGCGCAACUGGAGCAACAGGAUCUACAGGUGCAACUGGUGCCACAGGAUCUACUGGGGCGACAGGCUCUACUGGUGCCACAGGAUCUACAGGGACAACAGGAGCGACUGGUGCAACGGGCUCAACGGGCGCAACAGGUGCCACAGGAUCUACUGGUGCAACAGGAUCCACAGGUGCAACUGGUGCCACAGGAUCUACUGGAGCUACUGGGGCGACAGGGGCAACUGGUGCAACAGGAUCAACGGGUGCAACUGGAGCAACAGGAUCUACAGGUGCAACUGGUGCCAAAGGAUCUACAGGGGCAACUGGUUCAACAGGAUCUACAGGAGCGACUGGUGCAACAGGCUCUACUGGUGCCACAGGAUCUACAGGGGCAACUGGUGCCACAGGAUCUACUGGAGCUACUGGGGCGACAGGAUCUACAGGGGCAACUGGUGCAAAAGGAUCCACGGGAGCAACUGGUGCCACAGGAUCAACGGGCGCAACUGGAGCAACAGGAUCUACAGGUGCAACUGGUGCCACAGGAUCUACUGGAGCGACAGGCUCUACUGGUGCAACUGGUGCCACAGGAUCUACAGGGGCAACUGGUUCAACAGGAUCUACAGGAGGGACUGGUGCAACAGGCUCUACUGGUGCCACAGGAUCUACAGGGGCAACUGGUGCCACAGGAUCUACUGGAGCUACUGGGGCGACAGGCUCUACAGGGGCAACAGGUGCAACAGGCUCCACGGGAGCAACUGGUGCCACAGGAUCAACAGGCGUAACUGGAUCGACAGGAUCUACAGGUGCAACUGGUGCAACAGGCUCCACGGGAGCAACUGGUACCACAGGAUCAACGGGCGCAACUGGAGCAACAGGAUCUACAGGUGCAACUGGUGCCACAGGAUCAACUGGGGCGACGGGCUCUACUGGUGCAACUGGUGCCACAGGAUCAACAGGCGCAACUGGAUCAACAGGAUCUACAGGUGCAACAGGCUCCAAGGGAGCAACUGGUGCAACAGGAUCAACGGGUGCAACUGGAGCAACAGGAUCUACAGGUGCAACUGGUGCCACAGGAUCUACAGGGGCAACUGGUGCAACAGGGUCCACAGGAGCGACUGGUGCAACAGGCUCUACUGGUGCCACAGGAUCUACAGGGGCAACAGGAUCUACAGGAGCGACUGGUGCAACGGGAUCGACGGGUGCGACAGGUGCCACGGGAUCUACUGGUGCAACAGGCUCUACUGGUGCCACAGGAUCUACAGGGGCAACAGGAGCGACUGGUGCAACGGGCUCGACGGGCGCAACAGGUGCCACAGGAUCUACUGGUGCAACAGGAUCCACAGGUGCAACUGGUGCCACAGGAUCUACUGGAGCUACUGGGGCGACAGGCUCUACAGGGGCAACUGGUGCCACAGGAUCCACGGGAGCAACUGGUGCAACAGGAUCAACGGGCGCAACUGGAGCAACAGGCGCAAAUGGAUCGACAGGAUCUACAGGUGCAACUGGUGCCACAGGAUCUACUGGGGCGACAGGCUCUACUGGUGCAACUGGUGCCACAGGAUCUACAGGGGCAACUGGUGCCACAGGAUCUACUGGAGCUACUGGGGCGACAGGAUCUACAGGGGCAACAGGUGCAACAGGCUCCACGGGAGCAACUGGUGCCACAGGAUCAACAGGCGCAACUGGAUCGACAGGAUCUACAGGUGCAACUGGUGCCACGGGAUCUACUGGGGCGACAGGCUUUACUGGUGCAACUGGUGCAACAGGAUCUACAGGGGCAACUGGUUCAACAGGAUCUACAGGAGCGACUGGUGCAACAGGCUCUACUGGUGCCACAGGAUCUACAGGGGCAACAGGAGCAACUGGUGCAACGGGCUCGACGGGCGCAACAGGUGCCACAGGAUCUACUGGUGCAACAGGAUCCACAGGUGCAACUGGUGCCACAGGAUCUACUGGAGCUACUGGGGCGACAGGUUCUACAGGGGCAACUGGUGCAACAGGAUCCACGGGAGCAACUGGUGCAACAGGAUCAACGGGCGCAACUGGAGCAACAGGAUCAACGGGCGCAACUGGAGCAACAGGAUCUACAGGUGCAACUGGUGCAACAGGCUCCACGGGAGCAACUGGUGCCACAGGAUCAACAGGCGCAACUGGAUCGACAGGAUCUACAGGUGCAACUGGUGCCACAGGAUCUACUGGGGCGACAGGCUCUACUGGAGCAACUGGUGCCACAGGAUCUACAGGGGCAGCUGGUUCAACAGGAUCUACAGGAGCGACUGGUGCAACAGGCUCUACUGGUGCCACAGGAUCUACAGGGGCAACAGGAGCGACUGGUGCAACGGGCUCAACGGGCGCAACAGGUGCCACAGGAUCUACUGGUGCAACAGGAUCCACAGGUGCAACUGGUGCCACAGGAUCUACUGGAGCUACUGGGGCAACAGGCUCUACAGGGGCAACUGGUGCAACAGGAUCCACGGGUGCAACUGGUGCAACAGGAUCAACGGGCGCAACAGGAUCUACAGGUGCAACUGGUGCCACAGGAUCUACUGGGGCGACAGGCUCUACUGGUGCAACUGGUGUCACAGGAUCUACAGGGGCAACUGGUUCAACAGGAUCUACAGGAGCGACUGGUGCAACAGGCUCUACUGGUGCCACAGGAUCUACAGGGGCAACAGGAGCGACUGGUGCAACGGGCUCGACGGGCGCAACAGGUGCCACAGGAUCUACUGGGGCAACAGGAUCCACAGGUGCAACAGGAUCUACUGGAGCUACUGGGGAGACAGGCUCUACAGGGGCAACUGGUGCAACAGGAUCCACGGGAGCAACUGGUGCAACAGGAUCAACGGGCGCAACUGGAGCAACGGGAUCUACUGGUGCAACUGGUGCCACAGGAUCUACUGGAGCUACUGGGGCGACAGGCUCUACAGGGGCAACUGGUGCAACAGGAUCCAUGGGAGCAACUGGUGCAACAGGAUCAACGGGCGCAACUGGAGCAACAGGAUCAACGGGCGCAACUGGAGCAACAGGAUCUACAGGUGCAACUGGUGCAACAGGCUCCAUGGGAGCAACUGGUGCCACAGGAUCUACAGGGGCAACUGGUUCAACAGGAUCUACAGGAGCAACGGGUGCAACAGGAUCAACGGGCGCAACUGGAGCAACAGGAUCUACUGGUGCAACUGGUGCCACAGGAUCUACUGGAGCUACUGGGGCGACAGGCUCUACAGGGGCAACUGGUGCAACAGGAUCCAUGGGAGCAACUGGUGCAACAGGAUCAACGGGCGCAACUGGAGCAACAGGAUCAACGGGCGCAACUGGAGCAACAGGAUCUACAGGUGCAACUGGUGCAACAGGCUCCAUGGGAGCAACUGGUGCCACAGGAUCAACAGGCGCAACUGGAUCGACAGGAUCUACAGGUGCAACUGGUGCCACAGGAUCUACUGGGGCGACAGGCUCUACUGGUGCAACUGGUGCAACAGGAUCCACGGGAGCAACUGGUGCAACAGGAUCAACGGGCGCAACAGGAUCUACAGGUGCAACUGGUGCCACAGGAUCUACUGGGGCGACAGGCUCUACUGGUGCAACUGGUGUCACAGGAUCUACAGGGGCAACUGGUUCAACAGGAUCUACAGGAGCGACUGGUGCAACAGGUUCUACUGGUGCCACAGGAUCUACAGGGGCAACAGGAGCGACUGGUGCAACGGGCUCGAUGGGUGCAACAGGUGCCACAGGAUCUACUGGGGCAACAGGAUCCACAGGUGCAACAGGAUCUACUGGAGCUACUGGGGAGACAGGCUCUACAGGGGCAACUGGUGCAACAGGAUCCACGGGAGCAACUGGUGCAACAGGAUCAACGGGCGCAACUGGAGCAACAGGAUCUACUGGUGCAACUGGUGCCACAGGAUCUACUGGGGCGACAGGCUCUACUGGUGCAACUGGUGCCACAGGAUCUACAGGGGCAACUGGUUCAACAGGAUCUACAGGAGCAACGGGUGCAACAGGAUCAACGGGCGCAACUGGAGCAACAGGAUCUACUGGUGCAACUGGUGCCACAGGAUCUACUGGAGCUACUGGGGCGACAGGCUCUACAGGGGCAACUGGUGCAACAGGAUCCAUGGGAGCAACUGGUGCAACAGGAUCAACGGGCGCAACUGGAGCAACAGGAUCAACGGGCGCAACUGGAGCAACAGGAUCUACAGGUGCAACUGGUGCAACAGGCUCCAUGGGAGCAACUGGUGCCACAGGAUCAACAGGCGCAACUGGAUCGACAGGAUCUACAGGUGCAACUGGUGCCACAGGAUCUACUGGGGCGACAGGCUCUACUGGUGCAACUGGUGCCACAGGAUCUACAGGGGCAACUGGUUCAACAGGAUCUACAGGAGCGACUGGUGCAACAGGCUCUACUGGUGCCACAGGAUCUACAGGGGCAACAGGAGCGACUGGUGCAACGGGCUCAACGGGCGCAACAGGUGCCACAGGAUCUACUGGUGCAACAGGAUCCACAGGUGCAACUGGUGCCACAGGAUCUACUGGAGCUACUGGGGCGACAGGCUCUACAGGGGCAACUGGUGCAACAGGAUCCACGGGAGCAACUGGUGCAACAGGAUCAACGGGCGCAACUGGAGCAACAGGAUCUACAGGUGCAACUGGUGCCACAGGAUCUACUGGGGCGACAGGCUCUACUGGUGCAACUGGUGUCACAGGAUCUACAGGGGCAACUGGUUCAACAGGAUCUACAGGAGCGACUGGUGCGACAGGAUCUACUGGUGCCACAGGAUCUACAGGGGCAAAUGGUGCCACAGGAUCUACUGGAGCUACUGGGGCGACAGGAUCUACAGGGGCAACAGGUGCAACAGGCUCCACGGGAGCAACUGGUGCCACAGGAUCAACAGGCGCAACUGGAUCGACAGGAUCUACAGGUGCAACUGGUGCCACAGGAUCUACUGGGGCGACAGGCUCUACUGGUGCAACUGGUGCCACGGGAUCUACAGGGGCAACUGGUUCAACAGGAUCUACAGGAGCGACUGGUGCAACAGGCUCUACUGGUGCCACAGGAUCUACAGGGGCAACAGGAGCGACUGGUGCAACGGGUUCGACGGGCGCAACAGGUGCCACAGGAUCUACUGGUGCAACAGGAUCCACAGGUGCAACUGGUGCCACAGGAUCUACUGGAGCUACUGGGGCGACAGGCUCUACAGGGGCAACUGGUGCAACAGGAUCCACGGGAGCAACUGGUGCAACAGGAUCAACGGGCGCAACUGGAGCAACAGGAUCUACAGGUGCAACUGGUGCCACAGGAUCUACUGGGGCGACAGGCUCUACUGGUGCAACUGGUGCCACAGGAUCUACAGGGGCAACUGGUUCAACAGGAUCUACAGGAGCGACUGGUGCAACAGGCUCUACUGGUGCCACAGGAUCUACAGGAGCGACUGGUGCAACGGGCUCGACGGGCGCAACAGGUGCCACAGGAUCUACUGGGGCAACAGGAUCCACAGGUGCAACAGGAUCUACUGGAGCUACUGGGGCGACAGGCUCUACAGGGGCAACUGGCGCAACAGGAUCCACGGGAGCAACUGGUGCAACAGGAUCAACGGGCGCAACUGGAGCAACAGGAUCUACUGGUGCAACUGGUGCCACAGGAUCUACUGGGGCGACAGGCUCUACUGGUGCAACUGGUGCCACAGGAUCUACAGGGUCAACUGGUUCAACAGGAUCUACAGGAGCAACGGGUGCAACAGGAUCAACGGGCGCAACUGGAGCAACAGGAUAUACUGGUGCAACUGGUGCCACGGGAUCUACUGGAGCGACAGGCUCUACUGGUGCAACUGGUGCCACAGGAUCUACAGGGGCAACUGGUUCAACAGGAUCUACAGGAGCGACUGGUGCAACAGGCUCUACUGGUGCCACAGGAUCUACAGGGGCAACUGGUGCCACCGGAUCUACUGGGGCGACAGGCUCUACAGGGGCAACAGGUGCAACAGGCUCCACGGGAGCAACUGGUGCCAUAGGAUCAACGGGCGCAACUGGAUCGACAGGAUCUACAGGUGAAACUGGUGCAACAGGCUCUACGGGAGCAACUGGUGCAACAGGAUCAACGGGUGCUACUGGUGCAACAGGAUCUACAGGUGGAACUGGUGCCACAGGAUCUACAGGGGCAACUGGUGCAACAGGGUCUACAGGAGCGACUGGUGCCACAGGAUCAACGGGCGCAACUGGAGCAACAGGAUCUACAGGUGCAACUGGUGCCACAGGAUCUACUGGGGCAACGGGCUCUACUGGUGCAACUGGUGCCACAGGAUCUACAGGGGCAACUGGUUCAACAGGAGCGACUGGUGCAACAGGCUCUACUGGUGCCACAGGAUCUACAGGGGCAACUGGUGCCACAGGAUCUACUGGAGCUACUGGGGCGACAGGCUCUACAGGAGCAACAGGUGCAACAGGCUCCACGGGAGCAACUGGUGCCACAGGAUCAACAGGCGCAACUGGAUCGACAGGAUCUACAGGUGCAACAGGCUCCACGGGAGCAACUGGUGCAACAGGAUCAACGGGUGCAACUGGAGCAACAGGAUCUACAGGUGCAACUGGUGCCACAGGAUCUACAGGGGCAACUGGUGCAACAGGGUCCACAGGAGCGACUGGUGCAACAGGCUCUACUGGUGCCACAGGAUCUACAGGGGCAACAGGAUCUACAGGAGCGACUGGUGCAACGGGCUCGACGGGCGCAACAGGUGCCACGGGAUCUACUGGUGCAACAGGCUCUACUGGUGCCACAGGAUCUACAGGGGCAACAGGAGCGACUGGUUCAAAGGGCUCGACGGGCGCAACAGGUGCCACAGGAUCUACUGGUGCAACAGGAUCCACAGGUGCAACUGGUGCCACAGGAUCUACUGGAGCUACUGGGGCGACAGGCUCUACAGGGGCAACAGGUGCAACAGGCUCCACGGGAGCAACUGGUGCCACAGGAUCAACAGGCGCAACUGGAUCGACAGGAUCUACAGGUGCAACUGGUGCAACAGGCUCCACGGGAGCAACUGGUGCAACAGGAUCAAUGGGUGCUACUGGUGCAACAGGAUCUACAGGUGGAACUGGUGCCACAGGAUCUACAGGGGCAACUGGUGCAACAGGGUCUUCAGGAGCGACUGGUGCCACAGGAUCAACGGGCGCAACUGGAGCAACAGGAUCUACAGGUGCAACUGGUGCCACAGGAUCUAAAGGGGCAACUGGUGCAACAGGGUCUACAGGAGCGACUGGUGCCACAGGAUCAACGGGCGCAACUGGAGCAACAGGAUCUACAGGUGCAACUGGUGCCACAGGAUCUACAGGGGCAACUGGUGCAACAGGGUCUACAGGAGCGACUGGUGCCACAGGAUCAACGGGCGCAACUGGAGCAACAGGAUCUACAGGUGCAACUGGAGCCACAGGAUCUACUGGGACAACGGGCUCUACUGGUGCAACUGGUGCCACAGGAUCUACAGGGGCAACUGGUUCAACAGGAUCUACAGGAGCGACUGGUGCAACAGGCUCUACUGGUGCCACAGGAUCUACAGGGGCAACUGGUGCCACAGGAUCUACUGGAGCUACUGGGGCGACAGGCUCUACAGGAGCAACAGGCUCCACGGGAGCAACUGGUGCCACAGGAUCAACAGGCGCAACUGGAUCGACAGGAUCUACAGGUGCAACUGGUGCAACAGGAUCAACGGGAGCAACUGGUGCAACAGGAUCAACGGGUGCAACUGGAGCAACAGGAUCUACAGGUGCAACUGGUGCCACAGGAUCUACAGGGGCAACUGGUGCAACAGGGUCCACAGGAGCGACUGGUGCAACAGGCUCUACUGGAGCCACAGGAUCUACAGGGGCAACAGGAUCUACAGGAGCGACUGGUGCAACGGGCUCGACGGGCGCAACAGGUGCCACGGGAUCUACUGGUGCAACAGGCUCUACUGGUGCCACAGGAUCUACAGGGGCAACAGGAGCGACUGGUGCAACGGGCUCGACGGGCGCAACAGGUGCCACAGGAUCUACUGGUGCAACAGGAUCCACGGGUGCAACUGGUGCCACAGGAUCUACUGGAGCUACUGGGGCGACAGGCUCUACAGGGGCAACUGGUGCAACAGGAUCGACGGGAGCAACUGGUGCAACAGGAUCAACGGGCGCAACUGGAGCAACAGGAUCUACAGGUGCAACUGGUGCCACAGGAUCUACUGGGGCGACAGGCUCUACUGGUGCAACUGGUGCCACAGGAUCUACAGGGGCAACUGGUUCAACAGGAUCUACAGGAGCGACUGGUGCAACAGGCUCUACUGGUGCCACAGGAUCUACAGGGGCAACUGGUGCCACAGGUUCUACUGGAGCUACUGGGAACACAGGAUCUACAGGGGCAACUGGUGCAACAGGAUCCACGGGAGCAACUGGUGCCACAGGAUCAACGGGUGCAACUGGAGCAACAGGAUCUACAGGUGCAACUGGUGCCACAGGAUCUACUGGGGCGACGGGCUCUACUGGUGCAACUGGCUCCACGGGAGCAACUGGUGCAACAGGAUCAACGGGUGCAACUGGAGCAACAGGAUCUACAGGUGCAACUGGUGCCACAGGAUCUACAGGGGCAACUGGUGCAACAGGGUCCACAGGAGCGACUGGUGCAACAGGCUCUACUGGUGCCACAGGAUCUACAGGGGCAACAGGAUCUACAGGACCGACUGGUGCAACUGGAGCAACAGGAUCUACAGGUGCAACUGGUGCCACAGGAUCUACAGGGGCAACUGGUGCAACAGGGUCCACAGGAGCGACAGGUGCAACAGGCUCCACGGGAGCAACUGGUGCCACAGGAUCAACAGGCGCAACUGGAUCGACAGGAUCUACAGGUGCAACUGGUGCAACAGGCUCCACGGGAGCAACUGGUGCAACAGGAUCAACGGGUGCAACUGGAGCAACAGGAUCUACAGGUGCAACUGGUGCCACAGGAUCUACAGGGGCAACUGGUGCCACAGGAUCUACAGGGGCAACAGGAACUACAGGAGCGACUGGUGCAGCGGGCUCGACGGGCGCGACAGGUGCCACGGGAUCUACUGGUGCAACAGGCUCUACUGGUGCCACAGGAUCUACAGGGGCAACAGGAGCGACUGGUGCAACGGGCUCGACGGGCGCAACAGGUGCCACAGGAUCUACUGGUGCAACAGGAUCCACAGGUGCAACUGGUGCCACAGGAUCUACUGGAGCUACUGGGGCGACAGGCUCUACAGGUGCAACUGGUGCAACAGGAUCGACGGGAGCAACAGGAUCAACGGGCGCAACUGGAGCAACAGGAUCUACAGGUGCAACUGGUGCCACAGGAUCUACGGGGGCGACAGGCUCUACUGGUGCAACUGGUGCCACAGGAUCUACUGGGGCAACUGGUGCAACAGGAUCCACGGGAGCAACUGGUGCCACAGGAUCAACGGGCGCAACUGGAGCAACAGGAUCUACAGGUGCAACUGGUGCCACAGGAUCUACUGGGGUGACGGGCUCUACUGGUGCAACUGGUGCCACAGGAUCAACAGGCACAACUGGAUCGACAGGAUCAACAGGUGCAACUGGUGCAACAGGCUCCACGGGAGCAACUGGUGCAACAGGAUCAACGGGUGCAACUGGAGCAGUAGGAUCUACAGGUGCAACUGGUGCCACAGGAUCUACAGGGGCAACUGGUGCAACAGGGUCCACAGGAGCGACUGGUGCAACAGGCUCUACUGGUGCCACAGGAUCUACAGGGGCAACAGGAUCUACAGGAACGACUGGUGCAACGGGCUCGACGGGUGCGACAGGUGCCACGGGAUAUACUGGUGCAACAGGCUCUACUGGUGCCACAGGAUCUACAGGGGCAACAGGAGCGACUGGUGCAACGGGCUCGACGGGCGCAACAGGUGCCACAGGAUCUACUGGUGCAACAGGAUCCACAGGUGCAACUGGUGCCACAGGAUCUACUGGAGCUACUGGGGCGACAGGCUCUACAGGGGCAACUGGUGCAACAGGAUCCACGGGAGCAACUGGUGCAACAGGAUCAACGGGCGCAACUGGAGCAACAGGAUCUACAGGUGCAACUGGUGCCACAGGAUCUACUGGGGCGACAGGCUUUACUGGUGCAACUGGUGCCACAGGAUCUACAGGGGCAACUGGUUCAACAGGCUCUACUGGUGCCACAGGAUCUACAGGGGCAACUGGUGCCACCGGAUCUACUGGGGCGACAGGCUCUACAGGUGCCACAGGAUCUACUGGUGCAACAGGAUCCACAGGUGCAACAGGAUCUACUGGAGCUACUGGGGCGACAGGCUCUACAGGGGCAACUGGUGCAACAGGAUCCACGGGAGCAACUGGUGCAACGGGCUCGACGGGCGCAACAGGUGCCACAGGAUCUACUGGUGCAACAGGAUCCACAGGUGCAACUGGUGCCACAGGAUCUACUGGAGCUACUGGGGCGACAGGCUCUACAGGGGCAACUGGUGCAACAGGAUCCACGGGAGCAACUGGUGCAACAGGAUCAACGGGCGCAACUGGAGCAACAGGAUCUACAGGUGUAACUGGUGCCACAGGAUCCACUGGGGCGACAGGCUCUACUGGUGCAACUGGUGCCACAGGAUCUACAGGGGCAACUGGUUCAACAGGAUCUACAGGAGCGACUGGUGCAACAGGCUCUACUGGUGCCACGGGAUCUACAGGGGCAACAGGAGCGACUGGUGCAACGGGCUCGACGGGCGCAACAGGAUCUACUGGUGCAACAGGAUCCACAGGAGCAACUGGUGCCACAGGAUCUACUGGAGCUACUGGGGGGACAGGCUCUACAGGGGCAACUGGUGCAACAGGAUCCACGGGAGCAACUGGUGCAACAGGAUCUACAGGUGCAACUGGUGCCACAGGAUCUACUGGGGCGACAGGCUCUACUGGUGCAACUGGUGCCACAGGAUCUACUGGGGCAACUGGUGCAACAGGAUCCACGGGAGCAACUGGUGCCACAGGAUCAACGGGCGCAACUGGAGCAACAGGAUCUACAGGUGCAACUGGUGCCACAGGAUCUACUGGGGCGACGGGCUCUACAGGAGCGACUGGUGCAACGGGCUCGACGGGUGCGACAGGUGCCACGGGAUAUACUGGUGCAACAGGCUCUACUGGUGCCACAGGAUCUACAGGGGCAACAGGAGCGACUGGUGCAACGGGCUCGACGGGCGCAACAGGUGCCACAGGAUCUACUGGUGCAACAGGAUCCACAGGUGCAACUGGUGCCACAGGAUCUACUGGAGCUACUGGGGCGACAGGCUCUACAGGGGCAACUGGUGCAACAGGAUCCACGGGAGCAACUGGUGCAACAGGAUCAACGGGCGCAACUGGAGCAACAGGAUCUACUGGUGCAACUGGUGCCACAGGAUCAACAGGCACAACUGGAUCGACAGGAUCAACAGGUGCAACUGGUGCAACAGGCUCCACGGGAGCAACUGGUGCAACAGGAUCAACGGGUGCAACUGGAGCAGUAGGAUCUACAGGUGCAACUGGUGCCACAGGAUCUACAGGGGCAACUGGUGCAACAGGGUCCACAGGAGCGACUGGUGCAACAGGCUCUACUGGUGCCACAGGAUCUACAGGGGCAACAGGAUCUACAGGAACGACUGGUGCAACGGGCUCGACGGGUGCGACAGGUGCCACGGGAUAUACUGGUGCAACAGGCUCUACUGGUGCCACAGGAUCUACAGGGGCAACAGGAGCGACUGGUGCAACGGGCUCGACGGGCGCAACAGGUGCCACAGGAUCUACUGGUGCAACAGGAUCCACAGGUGCAACUGGUGCCACAGGAUCUACUGGAGCUACUGGGGCGACAGGCUCUACAGGGGCAACUGGUGCAACAGGAUCCACGGGAGCAACUGGUGCAACAGGAUCAACGGGCGCAACUGGAGCAACAGGAUCUACAGGUGCAACUGGUGCCACAGGAUCUACUGGGGCGACAGGCUUUACUGGUGCAACUGGUGCCACAGGAUCUACAGGGGCAACUGGUUCAACAGGAUCUACAGGUGCCACAGGAUCUACAGGGGCAACUGGUGCCACAGGAUCUACUGGAGCUACUGGGGCGACAGGAUCUACAGGGGCAACAGGUGCAACAGGCUCCACGGGAGCAACUGGUGCCACAGGAUCAACAGGCGCAACUGGAUCGACAGGAUCUACAGGUGCAACUGGUGCCACAGGAUCUACUGGGGCGACAGGCUCUACUGGUGCAACUGGUGCCACAGGAUCUACAGGGGCAACUGGUUCAACAGGAUCUACAGGAGCAACUGGUGCAACAGGCUCUACUGGUGCCACAGGAUCUACAGGGGCAACAGGAGCGACAGGAUCCACAGGUGCAACUGGUGCCACAGGAUCUACUGGAGCUACUGGGGCGACAGGCUCUACAGGGGCAACUGGUGCAACAGGAUCCACGGGAGCAACUGGUGCAACAGGAUCUACAGGUGCAACUGGUGCCACAGGAUCUACUGGGGCGACAGGCUCUACUGGUGCAACUGGUGCCACAGGAUCUACUGGGGCAACUGGUGCAACAGGAUCCACGGGAGCAACUGGUGCCACAGGAUCAACGGGCGCAACUGGAGCAACAGGAUCUACAGGUGCAACUGGUGCCACAGGAUCUACUGGGGCGACGGGCUCUACAGGAGCGACUGGUGCAACGGGCUCGACGGGUGCGACAGGUGCCACGGGAUAUACUGGUGCAACAGGCUCUACUGGUGCCACAGGAUCUACAGGGGCAACAGGAGCGACUGGUGCAACGGGCUCGACGGGCGCAACAGGUGCCACAGGAUCUACUGGUGCAACAGGAUCCACAGGUGCAACUGGUGCCACAGGAUCUACUGGAGCUACUGGGGCGACAGGCUCUACAGGGGCAACUGGUGCAACAGGAUCCACGGGAGCAACUGGUGCAACAGGAUCAACGGGCGCAACUGGAGCAACAGGAUCUACUGGUGCAACUGGUGCCACAGGAUCUACUGGGGCGACAGGCUCUACUGGUGCAACUGGUGCCACAGGAUCUACAGGGGCAACUGGUUCAACAGGAUCUACAGGAGCAACGGGUGCAACAGGAUCAACGGGCGCAACUGGAGCAACAGGAUCUACUGGUGCAACUGGUGCCACAGGAUCUACUGGGGCGACAGGCUCUACUGGUGCAACUGGUGCCACAGGAUCUACAGGGGCAACUGGUUCAACAGGAUCUACAGGAGCGACUGGUGCAACAGGCUCUACUGGUGCCACAGGAUCUACAGGGGCAACUGGUGCCACCGGAUCUACUGGGGCGACAGGCUCUACAGGUGCCACAGGAUCUACUGGUGCAACAGGAUCCACAGGUGCAACAGGAUCUACUGGAGCUACUGGGGCGACAGGCUCUACAGGGGCAACUGGUGCAACAGGAUCCACGGGAGCAACUGGUGCAACGGGCUCGACGGGCGCAACAGGUGCCACAGGAUCUACUGGUGCAACAGGAUCCACAGGUGCAACUGGUGCCACAGGAUCUACUGGAGCUACUGGGGCGACAGGCUCUACAGGGGCAACUGGUGCAACAGGAUCCACGGGAGCAACUGGUGCAACAGGAUCAACGGGCGCAACUGGAGCAACAGGAUCUACAGGUGUAACUGGUGCCACAGGAUCCACUGGGGCGACAGGCUCUACUGGUGCAACUGGUGCCACAGGAUCUACAGGGGCAACUGGUUCAACAGGAUCUACAGGAGCGACUGGUGCAACAGGCUCUACUGGUGCCACAGGAUCUACAGGGGCAACAGGAGCGACUGGUGCAACGGGCUCGACGGGCGCAACAGGUGCCACAGGAUCUACUGGUGCAACAGGAUCCACAGGUGCAACAGGAUCUACUGGAGCUACUGGGGCGACAGGCUCUACAGGGGCAACUGGUGUAACAGGAUCCACGGGAUCUACUGGUGCAACAGGAUCAACGGGCGCAACUGGAGCAACAGGAUCUACUGGUGCAACUGGUGCCACAGGAUCUACUGGGGCGACAGGCUCUACUGGUGCAACUGGUGCCACAGGAUCUACAGGGGCAACUGGUUCAACAGGAUCUACAGGAGCAACGGGUGCAACAGGAUCAACGGGCGCAACUGGAGCAACAGGAUCUACUGGUGCAACUGGUGCCACAGGAUCUACUGGGGCGACAGGCUCUACUGGUGCAACUGGUGCCACAGGAUCUACAGGGGCAACUGGUUCAACAGGAUCUACAGGAGCGACUGGUGCAACAGGCUCUACUGGUGCCACGGGAUCUACAGGGGCAACAGGAGCGACUGGUGCAACGGGCUCGACGGGCGCAACAGGAUCUACUGGUGCAACAGGAUCCACAGGAGCAACUGGUGCCACAGGAUCUACUGGAGCUACUGGGGGGACAGGCUCUACAGGGGCAACUGGUGCAACAGGAUCCACGGGAGCAACUGGUGCAACAGGAUCUACAGGUGCAACUGGUGCCACAGGAUCUACUGGGGCGACAGGCUCUACUGGUGCAACUGGUGCCACAGGAUCUACUGGGGCAACUGGUGCAACAGGAUCCACGGGAGCAACUGGUGCCACAGGAUCAACGGGCGCAACUGGAGCAACAGGAUCUACAGGUGCAACUGGUGCCACAGGAUCUACUGGGGCGACGGGCUCUACAGGAGCGACUGGUGCAACGGGCUCGACGGGUGCGACAGGUGCCACGGGAUAUACUGGUGCAACAGGCUCUACUGGUGCCACAGGAUCUACAGGGGCAACAGGAGCGACUGGUGCAACGGGCUCGACGGGCGCAACAGGUGCCACAGGAUCUACUGGUGCAACAGGAUCCACAGGUGCAACUGGUGCCACAGGAUCUACUGGAGCUACUGGGGCGACAGGCUCUACAGGGGCAACUGGUGCAACAGGAUCCACGGGAGCAACUGGUGCAACAGGAUCAACGGGCGCAACUGGAGCAACAGGAUCUACUGGUGCAACUGGUGCCACAGGAUCUACUGGGGCGACAGGCUCUACUGGUGCAACUGGUGCCACAGGAUCUACAGGGGCAACUGGUUCAACAGGAUCUACAGGAGCAACGGGUGCAACAGGAUCAACGGGCGCAACUGGAGCAACAGGAUCUACUGGUGCAACUGGUGCCACAGGAUCUACUGGGGCGACAGGCUCUACUGGUGCAACUGGUGCCACAGGAUCUACAGGGGCAACUGGUUCAACAGGAUCUACAGGAGCGACUGGUGCAACAGGCUCUACUGGUGCCACAGGAUCUACAGGGGCAACUGGUGCCACCGGAUCUACUGGGGCGACAGGCUCUACAGGUGCCACAGGAUCUACUGGUGCAACAGGAUCCACAGGUGCAACAGGAUCUACUGGAGCUACUGGGGCGACAGGCUCUACAGGGGCAACUGGUGCAACAGGAUCCACGGGAGCAACUGGUGCAACGGGCUCGACGGGCGCAACAGGUGCCACAGGAUCUACUGGUGCAACAGGAUCCACAGGUGCAACUGGUGCCACAGGAUCUACUGGAGCUACUGGGGCGACAGGCUCUACAGGGGCAACUGGUGCAACAGGAUCCACGGGAGCAACUGGUGCAACAGGAUCAACGGGCGCAACUGGAGCAACAGGAUCUACAGGUGUAACUGGUGCCACAGGAUCCACUGGGGCGACAGGCUCUACUGGUGCAACUGGUGCCACAGGAUCUACAGGGGCAACUGGUUCAACAGGAUCUACAGGAGCGACUGGUGCAACAGGCUCUACUGGUGCCACAGGAUCUACAGGGGCAACAGGAGCGACUGGUGCAACGGGCUCGACGGGCGCAACAGGUGCCACAGGAUCUACUGGUGCAACAGGAUCCACAGGUGCAACAGGAUCUACUGGAGCUACUGGGGCGACAGGCUCUACAGGGGCAACUGGUGUAACAGGAUCCACGGGAUCUACUGGUGCAACAGGAUCAACGGGCGCAACUGGAGCAACAGGAUCUACUGGUGCAACUGGUGCCACAGGAUCUACUGGGGCGACAGGCUCUACUGGUGCAACAGGUGCCACAGGAUCUACAGGGGCAACUGGUUCAACAGGAUCUACAGGAGCAACGGGUGCAACAGGAUCAACGGGCGCAACUGGAGCAACAGGAUCUACUGGUGCAACUGGUGCCACAGGAUCUACUGGGGCGACAGGCUCUACUGGUGCAACUGGUGCCACAGGAUCUACAGGGGCAACUGGUUCAACAGGAUCUACAGGAGCGACUGGUGCAACAGGCUCUACUGGUGCCACGGGAUCUACAGGGGCAACAGGAGCGACUGGUGCAACGGGCUCGACGGGCGCAACAGGAUCUACUGGUGCAACAGGAUCCACAGGAGCAACUGGUGCCACAGGAUCUACUGGAGCUACUGGGGGGACAGGCUCUACAGGGGCAACUGGUGCAACAGGAUCCACGGGAGCAACUGGUGCAACAGGAUCAACGGGCGCAACUGGAGCAACAGGAUCUACAGGUGCAACUGGUGCCACAGGAUCUACUGGGGCGACAGGCUCUACUGGUGCAACUGGUGCCACAGGAACUACAGGGGCAACUGGUUCAACAGGAUCUACAGGAGCGACUGGUGCAACAGGCUCGACUGGUGCCACAGGAUCUACAGGGGCAACAGGUGCAAGAGGGUCUACAGGAGCAACUGGUGCCACAGGAUCAACAGGCGCAACUGGAUCGACAGGAUCUACAGGUGCAACUGGUGCAACAGGCUCCACGGGAGCUACUGGUGCAAUAGGAUCAACGGGUGCAACUGGAGCAACAGGAUCUACAGGUGCAACUGGUGCCACAGGAUCAACAGGCUCUACUGGUGCAACUGGUGCCACAGGAUCUACAGGGGCAACUGGUUCAACAGGAUCUACAGGAGCGACUGGAGCAACAGGCUCUACUGGUGCCACAGGAUCUACAGGGGCAACUGGUGCCACCGGAUCUACUGGGGCGACAGGCUCUACAGGGGCAACAGGUGCAACAGGCUCAACGGGAGCAACUGGUGCCACAGGAUCAACAGGCGCAACUGGAUCGACAGGAUCUACAGGUGCAACUGGUGCAACAGGCUCCACGGGAGCAACUGGUGCAACAGGAUCAACGGGUGCUACUGGUGCAACAGGAUCUACAGGAGCAACUGGAGCAACAGGAUCUACAGGUGCAACUGGUGCCACAGGAUCUACUGGGGCGACAGGCUCUACUGGUGCAACUGGUGCCACAGGAUCUACAGGGGCAACUGGUUCAACAGGAUCUACAGGAGCGACUGGUGCAACAGGCUCUACUGGUGCCACAGGAUCUACAGGGGCAACUGGUGCCACCGGAUCUACUGGAGCGACAGGCUCUACAGGGGCAACAGGUGCAACAGGCUCCACGGGAGCAACUGGUGCCACAGGAUCAACAGGCGCAACUGGAUCGACAGGAUCUACAGGUGCAACUGGUGCAACAGGCUCCACGGGAGCAACUGGUGCAACAGGAUCAACGGGUGCUACUGGUGCAACAGGAUCUACAGGUGCAACUGGUGCCACAGGCUCUACUGGUGCAACUGGUGCCACAGGAUCUACAGGGGCAACUGGUUCAACAGGAUCUACAGGAGCGACUGGUGCAACAGGCUCUACUGGUGCCACAGGAUCUACAGGGGCAACUGGUGCCACAGGAUCUACUGGAGCUACUGGGGCGACAGGAUCUACAGGGGCAACAGGUGCAACAGGCUCCACGGGAGCAACUGGUGCCACAGGAUCAACAGGCGCAACUGGAUCGACAGGAUCUACAGGUGCAACUGGUGCCACAGGAUCUACUGGGGCGACAGGCUCUACUGGUGCAACUGGUGCCACAGGAUCUACAGGGGCAACUGGUUCAACAGGAUCUACAGGAGCGACUGGUGCAACAGGCUCUACUGGUGCCACGGGAUCUACAGGGGCAACAGGAGCGACUGGUGCAACGGGCUCGACGGGCGCAACAGGAUCUACUGGUGCAACAGGAUCCACAGGUGCAACUGGUGCCACAGGAUCUACUGGAGCUACUGGGGCGACAGGCUCUACAGGGGCAACUGGUACAACAGGAUCCACGGGAGCAACUGGUGCAACAGGAUCAACGGGCGCAACUGGAGCAACAGGAUCUACAGGUGCAACUGGUGCCACAGGAUCUACUGGGGCGACAGGCUCUACUGGUGCAACUGGUGCCACAGGAUCUACUGGAGCUACUGGGGCGACAGGCUCUACAGGGGCAACUGGUGCAACAGGAUCCACGGGGGCAACUGGUGCAACAGGAUCAACGGGCGCAACUGGAGCAACAGGAUCUACAGGUGCAACUGGUGCCACAGGAUCUACUGGGGCGACGGGCUCUACUGGUGCAACUGGUUCAACAGGAUCUACAGGAGCGACUGGUGCAACAGGCUCUACUGGUGCCACUGGGUCUACAGGUGCAACUGGUGCCACAGGAUCUACUGGAGCUACUGGGGCGACAGGCUCUACAGGGGCAACAGGAUCUACAGGGGCAACUGGUGCAACAGGGUCAACAGGAGCGACUGGUGCAACAGGCUCUAUUGGUGCCACAGGAUCUACAGGGGCAACAGGAUCUACAGGAGCGACUGGUGCAACGGGCUCGACGGGCGCGACAGGUGCCACGGGAUCUACUGGUGCAACAGGCUCUACCGGUGCCACAGGAUCUACAGGGGCAAUAGGAGCGACUGGUGCAACGGGCUCGACGGGCGCAACAGGUGCCACAGGAUCUACUGGUGCAACAGGAUCUACAGGAGCAACUGGCGCAACAGGGUCUACAGGAGCGACAGGCUCUACAGGGGCCACUGGUGCAACAGGGCUAAGAGGUGCUACAGGACCAAGUGGUGCUACAGGACCAAGUGGUGCUACAGGACCAAGUGGGGCAACAGGUCCUAACGGGACAAUAGGACCAAGUGGUGCUACAGGACCAAGUGGUGCACAAGGCCCGACUGGAAAUAUUGGAGAAACUGGUUCCACAGGACCAUCUGGAGCAGUAGGUCCAACUGGAGCAACGGGACUAACAGGUUCAGAUGGCUCAACAGGGCAAACUGGUGCUACUGGUCCAACAGGAGCAACAGGAGUUACAGGGGCCACAGGAGCAUUUGGGGCAACUGGAAUAACUGGGUUGACAGGACCAACUGGUGCAACAGGACCAACAGGUGAAACUGGACCGACAGGUGCAACUGGUCAGAUUGGAUCAACAGGUCCUACAGGUGCAAGUGGUGCCACGGGUUCUACAGGGUCCACUGGCGCCACGGGUUCAACAGGGGCCACAGGAUCUACUGGUGCGACGGGUUCUACUGGAGCCACUGGUGCAACUGGCUCCACGGGCGCAACUGGUGCCACGGGAUCCACAGGAGCAACUGGUGCUACAGGAUCUACAGGGGCAACUGGUGAAACUGGUUCUACAGGAGCGACAGGUGCAACAGGAUCAACUGGUGCAACUGGCUCUACAGGAGCGACAGGUGCCACAGGAUCUACUGGAGCUACUGGUGCAACAGGCUCUACGGGUGCAACUGGUGCCACGGGAUCUACAGGGGCAACUGGCUCUACAGGAGCGACAGGUGCCACUGGAUCAACUGGAGCUACUGGUGCAACAGGCUCUACAGGAGCGACAGGUGCAACAGGAUCUACUGGUGCAACAGGCUCUACGGGUGCAACUGGUGCCACAGGAUCUACAGGGGCAACUGGUGCAACUGGCUCUACAGGAGCGACAGGUGCCACAGGAUCUACUGGAGCUACCGGUGCAACAGGCUCUACGGGUGCAACUGGAGCCACAGGAUCAACGGGGGCAACUGGCUCUACAGGAGCGACAGGUGCCACAGGAGCAACUGGUGCAACAGGCUCUACGGGUGCAACUGGUGCCACAGGAUCUACAGGGGCAACUGGUGCAAAUGGCUCUACAGGAGCGACAGGUGCCACAGGAUCUACUGGAGCUACCGGUGCAACAGGCUCCACGGGCGCAACUGGUGCUACCGGAUCUACUGGAGCCACUGGUGCAACUGGCUCUACGGGAGCAACUGGUGACACAGGAUCUACUGGAGCGACAGGGGCCACGGGCUCUACGGGUGCAACUGGUGCCCCAGGAUCUACAGGGGCAACUGGUGCAACUGGCUCUACAGGAGCGACAGGUGCAACUGGAUCUACUGGAGCUACUGGUGCAACAGGCUCUACGGGCGCAACUGGUGCUACCGGAUCUACUGGAGCCACUGGUGCAACUGGCUCUACGGGAGCAACUGGUGACACAGGAUCUACUGGAGCGACAGGGGCCACGGGCUCUACGGGUGCAACUGGUGCCACAGGAUCUACAGGGGCAACUGGCUCUACAGGAGCGACAGGUGCAACUGGAUCUACUGGAGCUACUGGUGCAACAGGCUAUACGGGUGCAACUGGAGCCACAGGAUCUACGGGGGCAACUGGUGCUACUGGGUCUACAGGAGCGACAGGUGCCACAGGAUCUACUGGUGCAACAGGCUCUACGGGUGCAACUGGUGCCACAGGAUCUACAGGGGCAACUGGUGCAACUGGCUCUACAGGAGCGACAGGUGCCACAGGAUCUACUGGAGCUACUGGUGCAACAGGCUCUACGGGUGCAACUGGUGCCACAGGAUCUACAGGGGCAACUGGUGCAACUGGCUCUACAGGAGCGACAGGUGCCACAGGAUCUACUGGAGCAACUGGUGCUACCGGAUCUACUGGAGCCACUGGUGCAACUGGCUCUACGGGAGCAACUGGUGACACAGGGUCUACUGGAGCGACAGGGGCCACUGGUGCAACUGGCUCUACAGGAGCGACAGGUGCCACAGGAUCUACUGGAGCUACUGGUGCAACAGGCUCUACGGGUGCAACUGGUGCCACAGGAUCUACAGGGGCAACUGGUGCAACUGGCUCUACAGGAGCGACAGGUGCCACAGGAUCUACUGGAGCAACUGGUGCUACCGGAUCUACUGGAGCCACUGGUGCAACUGGCUCUACGGGAGCAACUGGUGACACAGGAUCUACUGGAGCGACAGGGGCCACGGGCUCUACGGGUGCAACUGGUGCCACAGGAUCUACAGGGGCAACUGGUGCAACUGGCUCUACAGGAGCGACAGGUGCAACUGGAUCUACUGGCGCUACUGGUGCAACAGGCUAUACGGGUGCAACUGGAGCCACAGGAUCUACGGGGGCAACUGGUGCUACUGGGUCUACAGGAGCGACAGGUGCCACAGGAUCUACUGGUGCAACAGGCUCUACGGGCGCAACUGGUUCUACAGGAUCUACUGGGGCCACUGGCUCUACAGGAGCGACAGGUGCAACUGGAUCUACUGGAGCAACAGGGGCCACGGGAUCUACGGGUGCAACUGGUGCCACAGGAUCUACAGGGGCAACUGGUGCAACUGGGUCUACGGGCGCAACUGGUGCUACAGGAUCUACUGGAGCCACUGGUGCAACUGGCUCUACAGGAGCGACAGGUGCCACAGGAUCUACUGGAGCUACCGGUGCAACAGGCUCCACGGGCGCAACUGGUGCUACCGGAUCUACUGGAGCUACUGGUGCAACUGGCUCUACGGGAGCAACCGGUGAUACAGGAUCUACUGGAGCGACAGGGGCCACGGGCUCUACGGGUGCAACUGGUGCCACAGGAUCUACAGGAGCAACUGGUUCUACAGGAGCGACAGGUCCAACUGGAUCUACUGGAGCUACUGGUGCAACAGGCUCUACGGGUGCAACUGGUGCCACAGGAUCUACAGGGGCAACUGGUGCAACUGGCUCUACAGGAGCGACAGGUGCCACAGGAUCUACUGGAGCUACCGGUGCAACAGGCUCUACGGGCGCAACUGGUGCUACCGGAUCUACUGGAGCCACUGGUGCAACUGGCUCUACUGGAGCAACUGGUGACACAGGAUCUACUGGAGCGACAGGGGCCACGGGCUCUACGGGUGCAACUGGUGCCACAGGAUCUACAGGGGCAACUGGUGCAACUGGCUCUACAGGAGCGACAGGUGCCACAGGAUCUACUGGAGCUACCGGUGCAACAGGCUCUACGGGCGCAACUGGUGCUACCGGAUCUACUGGAGCCACUGGUGCAACUGGCUCUACGGGAGCAACUGGUGACACAGGAUCUACUGGAGCGACAGGGGCCACGGGCUCUACGGGUGCAACUGGUGCCACAGGAUCUACAGGGGCAACUGGUGCAACUGGCUCUACAGGAGCGACAGGUGCAACUGGAUCUACUGGAGCUACUGGUGCAACAGGCUCUACGGGUGCAACUGGAGCCACAGGAUCUACGGGGGCAACUGGUGCUACUGGGUCUACAGGAGCCACAGGAUCUACUGGUGCAACAGGCUCUACGGGCGCAACUGGUUCUACAGGAUCUACUGGAGCCACUGGCUCUACAGGAGCGACAGGUGCCACUGGAUCUACUGGAGCAACUGGCUCUACAGGAGCGACAGGUGCAACUGGAUCUACUGGAGCUAUUGGUGCAACAGGCUCUACGGGUGCAACUGGAGCCACAGGAUCUACGGGGGCAACUGGUGCUACUGGGUCUACAGGAGCGACAGGUGCCACAGGAUCUACUGGUGCAACAGGCCCUACGGGCGCAACUGGUUCUACAGGAUCUACUGGAGCCACUGGCUCUACAGGAGCGACAGGUGCCACUGGAUCUACUGGAGCAACAGGGGCCAUGGGAUCUACGGGUGCAACUGGUGCCACAGGAUCUACAGGGGCAACUGGUGCAACUGGGUCUACGGGCGCAACUGGUGCUACAGGAUCUACUGGAGCCACUGGUGCAACUGGCUCUACGGGAGCAACUGGUGAUACAGGAUCUACUGGAGCGACAGGGGCCACGGGCUCUACGGGUGCAACUGGUGCCACAGGAUCUACAGGAGCAACUGGUGCAACUGGUUCUACAGGAGCGACAGGUGCAACUGGAUCUACUGGAGCUACUGGUGCAACAGGCUCUACGGGUGCAACUGGUGCCACAGGAUCUACAGGGGCAACUGGUGCAACUGGCUCUACAGGAGCGACAGGUGCAACUGGAUCUACUGGAGCUACUGGUGCAACAGGCUCUACGGGUGCAACUGGUGCCACAGGAUCUACAGGGGCAACUGGUGCAACUGGCUCUACAGGAGCGACAGGUGCCACAGGAUCUACUGGAGCUACCGGUGCAACAGGCUCUACGGGCGCAACUGGUGCUACCGGAUCUACUGGAGCCACUGGUGCAACUGGCUCUACGGGAGCAACUGGUGACACAGGAUCUACUGGAGCGACAGGGGCCACGGGCUCUACGGGUGCAACUGGUGCCACAGGAUCUACAGGGGCAACUGGUGCAACUGGCUCUACAGGAGCGACAGGUGCAACUGGAUCUACUGGUGCAACAGGCUCUACGGGUGCAACUGGAGCCACAGGAUCUACGGGGGCAACUGGUGCUACUGGGUCUACAGGAGCGACAGGUGCCACAGGAUCUACUGGUGCAACAGGCUCUACGGGACCAACUGGUUCUACAGGAUCUACUGGAGCCACUGGCUCUACAGGAGCGACAGGUGCCACUGGAUCUACUGGAGCAACAGGGGCCACGGGAUCUACGGGUGCAACUGGUGCCACAGGAUCUACAGGGGCAACUGGCUCUACGGGCGCAACUGGGGCUACAGGAUCUACUGGAGUCACUGGAGCAACUGGCUCUACAGGAGCGACAGGUGCAACAGGAUCAACUGGUGCAACUGGCUCUACAGGAGCGACAGGUGCCACAGGAUCUACUGGUGCAACAGGCUCUACGGGUGCAACUGGUGCCACAGGAUCUACAGGGGCAACUGGUGCAACUGGCUCUACAGGAGCGACAGGUGCCACAGGAUCAACUGGAGCUACCGGUGCAACGGGCUCCACGGGUGCAACUGGUGCUACCGGAUCUACUGGAUCCACUGGUGCAACUGGAUCUACGGGAGCUACUGGUGCAACAGGCUCUACGGGUGCAACUGGUUCUACAGGAUCUACUGGAGCCACUGGCUCUACAGGAGCGACAGGUGCCACUGGAUCUACUGGAGCAACAGGGGCCACGGGAUCUACGGGUGCAACUGGUGCCACAGGAUCUACAGGGGCAACUGGUGCAACUGGGUCUACGGGUGCAACUGGUGCCACAGGAUCUACAGGGGCAACUGGUGCAACUGGCUCUACGGGUGCAACUGGUGCCACAGGAUCUACAGGGGCAACUGGUGCAACUGGCUCUACAGGAGCGACAGGUGCCACAGGAUCAACUGGAGCUACCGGUGCAACGGGCUCCACGGGCGCAACUGGUGCUACCGGAUCUACUGGAUCCACUGGUGCAACUGGCUCUACGGGAGCUACUGGUGCAACAGGCUCUACUGGAGCAACAGGGGCCACGGGAUCUACUGGUGCAACUGGUGCCACAGGAUCUACAGGGGCAACUGGUGCAACUGGUUCUACAGGAGCAACAGGUGCAACUGGAUCUACUGGAGCUACUGGUGCAACAGGCUCUACGGGUGCAACUGGUGCCACAGGAUCUACAGGGGCAACUGGUGCAACUGGCUCUACAGGAGCGACAGGUGCCACAGGAUCUACUGGAGCUACCGGUGCAACAGGCUCUAUGGGCGCAACUGGUGCUACCGGAUCUACUGGAGCCACUGGUGCAACUGGCUCUACGGGAGCAACUGGUGACACAGGAUCUACUGGAGCGACAGGGGCCACGGGCUCUACGGGUGCAACUGGUGCCACAGGAUCUACAGGGGCAACUGGUGCAACUGGCUCUACAGGAGCGACAGGUGCCACAGGAUCUACUGGAGCUACCGGUGCAACAGGCUCUACGGGAGCAACUGGUGCUACCGGAUCUACUGGAGCCACUGGUGCAACUGGCUCUACGGGAGCAACUGGUGACACAGGAUCUACUGGAGCGACAGGGGCCACGGGCUCUACGGGUGCAACUGGUGCCACAGGAUCUACAGGGGCAACUGGUGCAACUGGCUCUACAGGAGCGACAGGUGCAACUGGAUCUACUGGAGCUACUGGUGCAACAGGCUCUACGGGUGCAACUGGAGCCACAGGAUCUACAGGGGCAACUGGUGCAACUGGCUCUACAGGAGCGACAGGUGCCACAGGAUCUACUGGAGCUUCCGGUGCAACAGGCUCUACGGGCGCAACCGGUGCUACCGGAUCUACUGGAGCCACUGGUGCAACUGGCUCUACUGGAGCAACUGGUGACACAGGAUCUACUGGAGCCACUGGUGCAACUGGCUCUACGGGAGCAACUGGUGAUACAGGAUCUACUGGAGCGACAGGGGCCACGGGCUCUACGGGUGCAACUGGAGCAACUGGUGCAACUGGAUCUACUGGAGCUACUGGUGCAACAGGCUCUACGGGUGCAACUGGUGCCACAGGAUCUACAGGGGCAACUGGUGCAACUGGCUCUACAGGAGCGACAGGUGCCACAGGAUCUAAUGGAGCUACCGGUGCAACAGGCUCUACGGGCGCAACUGGUGCUACCGGAUCUACUGGAGCCACUGGUGCAACUGGCUCUACUGGAGCAACUGGUGACACAGGAUCUACUGGAGCGACAGGGGCCACGGGCUCUACGGGUGCAACUGGUGCCACAGGAUCUACAGGGGCAACUGGUGCAACUGGCUCUACAGGAGCGACAGGUGCAACUGGAUCUACUGGAGCUACUGGUGCAACAGGCUCUACGGGUGCAACUGGUGCCACAGGAUCUACAGGGGCAACUGGUGCAACUGGCUCUACAGGAGCGACAGGUGCCACAGGAUCUACUGGAGCUACCGGUGCAACAGGCUCUACGGGGGCAACUGGUGCUACCGGAUCUACUGGAGCCACUGGUGCAACUGGCUCUACGGGAGCAACUGGUGACACAGGAUCUACUGGAGCGACAGGGGCCACGGGCUCUACGGGUGCAACUGGUGCCACAGGAUCUACAGGGGCAACUGGUGCAACUGGCUCUACAGGAGCGACAGGUGCAACUGGAUCUACUGGAGCUACUGGUGCAACAGGCUCUACGGGUGCAACUGGAGCCACAGGAUCUACGGGGGCAACUGGUGCUACUGGGUCUACAGGAGCGACAGGUGCCACAGGAUCUACUGGUGCAACAGGCUCUACGGGCGCAACUGGUUCUACAGGAUCUACUGGAGCCACUGGCUCUACAGGAGCGACAGGUGCCACUGGAUCUACUGGAGCAACAGGGGCCAGUGGAUCUACGGGUGCAACUGGUGCCACAGGAUCUACAGGGGCAACUGGUGCAACUGGGUCUACGGGCGCAACUGGUGCUACAGGAUCUACUGGAGCCACUGGGGCAACUGGCUCUACAGGAGCAACAGGUGCAACAGGAUCAACUGGUGCAACUGGCUCUACAGGAGCGACAGGUGCCACAGGAUCUACUGGUGCAACAGGCUCUACGGGUGCAACUGGUGCCACAGGAUCUACAGGGGCAAGUGGUGCAACUGGCUCUACAGGAGCGACAGGUGCCACAGGAUCAACUGGAGCUACUGGUGCAACGGGCUCCACGGGCGCAACUGGUGCUACCGGAUCUACUGGAUCCACUGGUGCAACUGGAUCUACGGGAGCUACUGGUGCAACAGGCUCUACGGGUGCAACUGGUUCUACAGGAUCUACUGGAGCCACUGGCUCUACAGGAGCGACAGGUGCCACUGGAUCUACUGGAGCAACAGGGGCCACGGGAUCUACGGGUGCAACUGGUGCCACUGGAUCUACUGGAGCAACAGGGGCCACGGGAUCUACGGGUGCAACUGGUGCCACAGGAUCUACAGGGGCAACUGGGUCUACGGGUGCAACUGGUGCCACAGGAUCUACAGGGGCAACUGGUGCAACUGGAGCCACUGGCUCUACAGGAGCGACAGGUGCCACUGGAUCUACUGGAGCAACAGGGGCCACGGGAUCUACGGGUGCAACUGGUGCCACAGGAUCUACAGGGGCAACUGGGUCUACGGGCGCAACUGGUGCUACAGGAUCUACUGGAGCCACUGGUGCAACUGGCUCUACAGGAGCGACAGGUGCAACAGGAUCAACUGGUGCAACUGGCUCUACAGGAGCGACAGGUGCCACAGGAUCUACUGGUGCAACAGGCUCUACGGGUGCAACUGGUGCCACAGGAUCUACAGGGGCAACUGGAUCUACAGGAGCGACAGGUGCCACAGGAUCAACUGGAGCUACCGGUGCAACGGGCUCCACGGGCGCAACUGGUGCAACUGGCUCUACUGGAUCCACUGGUGCAACUGGCUCUACGGGAGCUACUGGUGCAACAGGCUCUACGGGUGCAACUGGUUCUACAGGAUCUACUGGAGCCACUGGCUCUACAGGAGCGACAGGUGCCACUGGAUCUACUGGAGCUACUGGUGCAACAGGCUCUGCGGGUGCAACUGGUGCCACAGGAUCUACAGGGGCAACUGGUGCAACUGGCUCUACAGGAGCGACAGGUGCCACAGGAUCUACUGGAGCUACUGGUGCAACAGGCUCUACGGGUGCAACUGGUGCCACGGGAUCUACAGGGGCAACUGGUGCAACUGGCUCUACAGGAGCGACAGGUGCCACUGGAUCUACUGGAGCAACAGGGGCCACGGGAUCUACGGGUGCAACUGGUGCCACAGGAUCUACAGGGGCAACUGGUGCAACUGGGUCUACGGGCGCAACUGGUGCUACAGGAUCUACUGGAGCCACUGGUGCAACUGGCUCUACAGGAGCGACAGGUGCAACAGGAUCAACUGGUGCAACUGGAUCUACAGGAGCGACAGGUGCCACAGGAUCUACUGGUGCAACAGGCUCUACGGGUGCAACUGGUGCCACAGGAUCUACAGGGGCAACUGGCUCUACAGGAGCGACAGGUGCCACAGGAUCAACUGGAGCUACCGGUGCAACGGGCUCCACGGGCGCAACUGGUGCUACCGGAUCUACUGGAUCCACUGGUGCAACUGGCUCUACGGGAGCUACUGGUGCAACAGGCUCUACGGGUGCAACUGGUUCUACAGGAUCUACUGGAGCCACUGGCUCUACAGGAGCGACAGGUGCCACUGGAUCUACUGGAGCUACUGGUGCAACAGGCUCUACGGGUGCAACUGGUGCCACAGGAUCUACAGGGGCAACUGGUGCAACUGGCUCUACAGGAGCGACAGGUGCCACAGGAUCUACUGGAGCUACUGGUGCAACAGGCUCUACGGGUGCAACAGGUGCCACUGGAUCUACUGGAGCAACAGGGGCCACGGGAUCUACGGGUGCAACUGGUGCCACAGGAUCUACAGGGGCAACUGGUGCAACUGGGUCUACGGGCGCAACUGGUGCUACAGGAUCUACUGGAGCCACUGGUGCAACUGGCUCUACAGGAGCGACAGGUGCAACAGGAUCAACUGGUGCAACUGGCUCUACAGGAGCGACAGGUGCCACAGGAUCUACUGGUGCAACAGGCUCUACGGGUGCAACUGGUGCCACAGGAUCUACAGGGGCAACUGGUGCAACUGGCUCUACAGGAGCGACAGGUUCCACUGGAUCUACUGGAGGAACAGGGGCCACAGGAUCUACGGGUGCAACUGGUGCCACAGGAUCUACAGGGGCAACUGGUGCAACUGGGUCUACGGGCGCAACUGGUGCCACAGGAUCUACAGGGGCAACUGGUGCGACUGGCUCUACAGGAGCGACAGGUGCCACAGGAUCUACUGGAGCUACCGGUGCAACAGGCUCUACGGGCGCAACUGGUGCUACCGGAUCUACUGGAGCCACUGGUGCAACUGGCUCUACUGGAGCAACUGGUGACACAGGAUCUACUGGAGCGACAGGGGCCACGGGCUCUACGGGUGCAACUGGUGCCACAGGAUCUACAGGGGCAACUGGUGCAACUGGCUCUACAGGAGCGACAGGUGCAACUGGAUCUACUGGAGCUACUGGUGCAACAGGCUCUACGGGUGCAACUGGUGCCACAGGAUCUACAGGGGCAACUGGUGCAACUGGCUCUACAGGAGCGACAGGUGCCACAGGAUCUACUGGAGCCACCGGUGCAACAGGCUCUACGGGCGCAACUGGUGCUACUGGCUCUACUGGAGCCACUGGUGCAACUGGCUCUACGGGAGCAACUGGUGACACAGGAUCUACUGGAGCGACAGGGGCCACGGGCUCUACGGGUGCAACUGGUGCCACAGGAUCUACAGGGGCAACUGGUGCAACUGGCUCUACAGGAGCGACAGGUGCAACUGGAUCUACUGGAGCUACUGGUGCAACAGGCUCUACGGGUGCAACUGGAGCCACAGGAUCUACGGGGGCAACUGGUGCUACUGGGUCUACAGGAGCGACAGGUGCCACAGGAUCUACUGGUGCAACAGGCUCUACGGGCGCAACUGGUUCUACAGGAUCUACUGGAGCCACUGGCUCUACAGGAGCGACAGGUGCCACUGGAUCUACUGGAGCAACAGGGGCCACGGGAUCUACGGGUGCAACUGGUGCCACAGGAUCUACAGGGGCAACUGGUGCAACUGGUUCUACAGGAGCGACUGGAUCUACUGGGGCUACCGGUGCAACAGGCUCUACGGGUGCAACUGGUGCCACAGGAUCUACAGGGGCAACUGGUGCAACUGGCUCUACAGGAGCGACAGGUGCCACAGGAUCUACUGGAGCUACCGGUGCAACAGGCUCUACGGGCGCAACUGGUGCUACCGGAUCUACUGGAGCCACUGGUGCAACUGGCUCUACGGGAGCAACUGGUGACACAGGAUCUACUGGAGCGACAGGGGCCACGGGCUCUACGGGUGCAACUGGUGCCACAGGAUCUACAGGGGCAACUGGUGCAACUGGCUCUACAGGAGCGACAGGUGCAACUGGAUCUACUGGAGCUACUGGUGCAACAGGCUCUAUGGGCGCAACUGGUGCUACCGGAUCUACUGGAGCCACUGGUGCAACUGGCUCUACGGGAGCAACUGGUGACACAGGAUCUACUGGAGCGACAGGGGCCACGGGCUCUACGGGUGCAACUGGUGCCACAGGAUCUACAGGGGCAACUGGUGCAACUGGCUCUACAGGAGCGACAGGUGCAACUGGAUCUACUGGAGCUACUGGUGCAACAGGCUCUACGGGUGCAACUGGUGCCACAGGUUCUACAGGGGCAACUGGUGCAACUGGCUCUACAGGAGCGACAGGUGCCACAGGAUCUACUGGAGCUACCGGUGCAACAGGCUCUACGGGCGCAACUGGUGCUACCGGAUCUACUGGAGCCACUGGUGCAACUGGCUCUACGGGAGCAACUGGUGACACAGGAUCUACUGGAGCGACAGGGGCCACGGGCUCUACGGGUGCAACUGGUGCCACAGGAUCUACAGGGGCAACUGGUGCAACUGGCUCUACAGGAGCGACAGGUGCAACUGGAUCUACUGGAGCUACUGGUGCAACAGGCUCUACGGGUGCAACUGGAGCCACAGGAUCUACGGGGGCAACUGGUGCUACUGGGUCUACAGGAGCGACAGGUGCCACAGGAUCUACUGGUGCAACAGGCUCUACGGGCGCAACUGGUUCUACAGGAUCUACUGGAGCCACUGGCUCUACAGGAGCGACAGGUGCCACUGGAUCUACUGGAGCAACAGGGGCCACGGGAUCUACGGGUGCAACUGGUGCCACAGGAUCUACAGGGGCAACUGGUGCAACUGGGUCUACGGGCGCAACUGGUGCUACAGGAUCUACUGGAGCCACUGGUGCAACUGGCUCUACAGGAGCGACAGGUGCAACAGGAUCAACUGGUGCAACUGGCUCUACAGGAGCGACAGGUGCCACAGGAUCUACUGGUGCAACAGGCUCUACGGGUGCAACUGGUGCCACAGGAUCUACAGGGGCAACUGGUGCAACUGGCUCUACAGGAGCGACAGGUGCCACAGGAUCAACUGGAGCUACCGGUGCAACGGGCUCCACGGGCGCAACUGGUGCUACCGGAUCUACUGGAUCCACUGGUGCAACUGGAUCUACGGGAGCUACUGGUGCAACAGGCUCUACGGGUGCAACUGGUUCUACAGGAUCUACUGGAGCCACUGGCUCUACAGGAGCGACAGGUGCCACUGGAUCUACUGGAGCAACAGGGGCCACGGGAUCUACGGGUGCAACUGGUGCCACAGGAUCUACAGGGGCAACUGGUGCAACUGGGUCUACGGGCGCAACUGGUGCUACAGGAUCUACUGGAGCCACUGGUGCAACUGGCUCUACAGGAGCGACAGGUGCAACAGGAUCAACUGGUGCAACUGGCUCUACAGGAGCGACAGGUGCCACAGGAUCUACUGGUGCAACAGGCUCUACGGGUGCAACUGGUGCCACAGGAUCUACAGGGGCAACUGGCUCUACAGGAGCGACAGGUGCCACAGGAUCAACUGGAGCUACCGGUGCAACGGGCUCCACGGGCGCAACUGGUGCUACCGGAUCUACUGGAUCCACUGGUGCAACUGGCUCUACGGGAGCUACUGGUGCAACAGGCUCUACGGGUGCAACUGGUUCUACAGGAUCUACUGGAGCCACUGGCUCUACAGGAGCGACAGGUGCCACUGGAUCUACUGGAGCUACUGGUGCAACAGGCUCUACGGGUGCAACUGGUGCCACAGGAUCUACAGGGGCAACUGGUGCAACUGGCUCUACAGGAGCGACAGGUGCCACAGGAUCUACUGGAGCUACUGGUGCAACAGGCUCUACGGGUGCAACUGGUGCCACAGGAUCUACAGGGGCAACUGGUGCAACUGGCUCUACAGGAGCGACAGGUGCCACUGGAUCUACUGGAGCAACAGGGGCCACGGGAUCUACGGGUGCAACUGGUGCCACAGGAUCUACAGGGGCAACUGGUGCAACUGGGUCUACGGGCGCAACUGGUGCUACAGGAUCUACUGGAGCCACUGGUGCAACUGGCUCUACAGGAGCGACAGGUGCAACAGGAUCAACUGGUGCAACUGGCUUUACAGGAGCGACAGGUGCCACAGGAUCUACUGGUGCAACAGGCUCUACGGGUGCAACUGGUGCCACAGGAUCUACAGGGGCAACUGGCUCUACAGGAGCGACAGGUGCCACAGGAUCAACUGGAGCUACCGGUGCAACGGGCUCCACGGGCGCAACUGGUGCUACCGGAUCUACUGGAUCCACUGGUGCAACUGGCUCUACGGGAGCUACUGGUGCAACAGGCUCUACGGGUGCAACUGGUUCUACAGGAUCUACUGGAGCCACUGGCUCUACAGGAGCGACAGGUGCCACUGGAUCUACUGGAGCUACUGGUGCAACAGGCUCUACGGGUGCAACUGGUGCCACAGGAUCUACAGGGGCAACUGGUGCAACUGGCUCUACAGGAGCGACAGGUGCCACAGGAUCUACUGGAGCUACUGGUGCAACAGGCUCUACGGGUGCAACUGGUGCCACAGGAUCUACAGGGGCAACUGGUGCAACUGGCUCUACAGGAGCGACAGGUGCCACUGGAUCUACUGGAGCAACAGGGGCCACGGGAUCUACGGGUGCAACUGGUGCCACAGGAUCUACAGGGGCAACUGGUGCAACUGGGUCUACGGGUGCAACUGGUGCCACAGGAUCUACAGGGGCAACUGGUGCGACUGGCUCUACAGGAGCGACAGGUGCCACAGGAUCUACUGGAGCUACCGGUGCAACAGGCUCUACGGGCGCAACUGGUGCUACCGGAUCUACUGGAGCCACUGGUGCAACUGGCUCUACUGGAGCAACUGGUGACACAGGAUCUACUGGAGCGACAGGGGCCACGGGCUCUACGGGUGCAACUGGUGCCACAGGAUCUACAGGGGCAACUGGUGCAACUGGCUCUAUAGGAGCGACAGGUGCAACUGGAUCUACUGGAGCUACUGGUGCAACAGGCUCUACGGGUGCAACUGGUGCCACAGGAUCUACAGGGGCAACUGGUGCAACUGGCUCUACAGGAGCGACAGGUGCCACAGGAUCUACUGGAGCUACCGGUGCAACAGGCUCUACGGGCGCAACUGGUGCUACCGGAUCUACUGGAGCCACUGGUGCAACUGGCUCUACGGGAGCAACUGGUGACACAGGAUCUACUGGAGCGACAGGGGCCACGGGCUCUACGGGUGCAACUGGUGCCACAGGAUCUACAGGGGCAACUGGCUCUACAGGAGCGACAGGUGCAACUGGAUCUACUGGAGCUACUGGUGCAACAGGCUCUACGGGUGCAACUGGAGCCACAGGAUCUACGGGGGCAACUGGUGCUACUGGGUCUACAGGAGCGACAGGUGCCACAGGAUCUACUGGUGCAACAGGCUCUACGGGCGCAACUGGUUCUACAGGAUCUACUGGAGCCACUGGCUCUACAGGAGCGACAGGUGCCACUGGAUCUACUGGAGCAACAGGGGCCACGGGAUCUACGGGUGCAACUGGUGCCACAGGAUCUACAGGGGCAACUGGUGCAACUGGGUCUACGGGCGCAACUGGUGCUACAGGAUCUACUGGAGCCACUGGUGCAACUGGCUCUACAGGAGCGACAGGUGCAACAGGAUCAACUGGUGCAACUGGCUCUACAGGAGCGACAGGUGCCACAGGAUCUACUGGUGCAACAGGCUCUACGGGUGCAACUGGUGCCACAGGAUCUACAGGGGCAACUGGUGCAACUGGUUCUACAGGAGCGACUGGAUCUACUGGAGCUACCGGUGCAACAGGCUCUACGGGUGCAACUGGUGCCACAGGAUCUACAGGGGCAACUGGUGCAACUGGGUCUACGGGCGCAACUGGUGCUACAGGAUCUACUGGAGCCACUGGUGCAACUGGCUCUACAGGAGCGACAGGUGCAACAGGAUCAACUGGCUCUACAGGAGCGACAGGUGCAACAGGAUCUACUGGAGCUACUGGUGCAACAGGCUCUACGGGUGCAACUGGUGCCACAGGAUCUACGGGGGCAACUGGUGCAACUGGCUCUACAGGAGCGACAGGUGCAACUGGCUCUACGGGAGCUACUGGUGCAACAGGCUCUACGGGUGCAACUGGAGCCACAGGAUCUACGGGGGCAACUGGUGCAACAGGCUCUACGGGUGCAACUGGAGCCACAGGAUCUACGGGGGCAACUGGUGCUACUGGGUCUACAGGAGCGACAGGUGCCACAGGAUCUACUGGUGCAACAGGCUCUACGGGCGCAACUGGUUCUACAGGAUCUACUGGAGCCACUGGCUCUACAGGAGCGACAGGUGCCACUGGAUCUACUGGAGCAACAGGGGCCACGGGAUCUAUGGGUGCAACUGGUGCCACAGGAUCUACAGGGGCAACUGGUGCAACUGGGUCUACAGGUGCAACUGGUGCUACAGGAUCUACUGGUGCAACAGGACCAAGUGGGGCAACAGGACCAAGUGGUGCACAAGGCCCAACUGGAAGUACUGGACAAACUGGUUCCACAGGGCCAUCUGGAGCAGAAGGUCCAACCGGAGCAACAGGACCAACAGGUUCAGUUGGCUCAACAGGGCAAACUGGAGCUACUGGUCCAACUGGAGCAACAGGAGUUACAGGGGCUACAGGAGCAUUUGGGGCAACUGGAAUAACUGGGUUGACAGGACCAACUGGUGCAACAGGACCAACAGGUGAAACUGGACCAACAGGUGCAACUGGUCAAAUUGGACCAACAGGACCACCAGGGUCUACUGGAGCAACUGGUGUCACAGGGUCUACAGGGGCCACUGGUGCAACAGGUUCUACAGGGGCCACAGGUUCUACAGGGGCCACUGGUGCAACAGGGUCUACAGGGGCCACUGGUGCCAUGGGGUCUACAGGGUCCACUGGUGCCACAGGUUCUACAGGGGCCUCUGGUGCCACAGGGUCUACAGGGGCCACUGGUGCCACUGGUGCAACAGGGUCUACAGGGGCCAUAGGGUCUACAGGGUCCACUGGUGCCACAGGUUCUUCAGGGGCCUCUGGAGCCACAGGGUCUACAGGAGCCACUGGUGCAACAGGGUCUACAGGGGCCACUGGUGCCAUGGGGUCUACAGGGUCCACUGGUGCCACAGGUUCUACAGGGGCCACUGGCGCCACAGGCUCUACAGGGGCCACUGGUCCAACUGGUAGUACAGGGGCAAAUGGUGCUACUGGUCCAACUGGUAGCACAGGGCCAACUGGCGCUACUGGUCUAAUUGGUAGUACAGGACCAACUGGUGCUAUUGGUCCCACUGGCACUACAGGGCCAACUGGUGCUACUGGUCCAACUGGUAGUACAGGAUCAACAGGUGCUACUGGUCCCACUGGUACUACAGGGCCAACAGGCACUACUGGUCCUACAGGUAGUACAGGACCAACUGGCGCUACUGGUCCCAGUGGUUCCACUGGACUUCUUGGAUCUACGGGACCAACAGGUGCUACUGGUAUAUUUGGAGCAACUGGCAUAACUGGUGCCACAGGUCCCACAGGAUCUACAGGGGCCACUGGUGUGACAGGAUCUACAGGUGCUGCUGGUGCGACCGGACCUACAGGAGUAACUGGUGCCACAGGUUCUAUGGGCGCCACUGGUGCCACAGGAUCUACAGGAGCAACUGGUGCAACUGGCACCACAGGUCCAUCUGGAAGUACUGGACCAAGUGGUGCAACGGGCUUGAUUGGUUCAACUGGACCUACUGGUGCAACUGGUACUACUGGGGCUACUGGUCCUACAGGUAUACCAGGAGCAACUGGGCCAAGUGGUUAUGAUGAUGUUGACGAGUGCCUCAUAAAUAAUGGUGAUUGUCAAGAUGCGUGUGUGAACACCUAUGGCAGUUACUACUGUACUUGCAACACAGGCUAUCAGCUGAACAGUGAUAAUUUGACAUGCUCAGAUGAAAUAGAAUGUGACACAAACAAUGGAGGGUGUGAGCAGACAUGCACCAACAGUGUUGGCAGCUACAUAUGCAAUUGCACUGCUGGUGCCUACACACUUUCUCUAAAUGGACACAGCUGUGAUGAUGUCAAUGAAUGUUCGGAGAAUACAGAUGACUGUUCAGGUACUAUUAGUCGAUGUAUCAACACUUUCGGAGGAUAUCACUGUAUCACUGAUGAUGGUGGGGUGGAUGGUCUGGUUCAAUCUGAAGGAAAUGUUCUCACAAGUGAAGUCCAACAGCAAUUACAGGAUGCAGCUGAGGAAAGAAUGGGGCUAGCAGAUGACAUUGAAGGAAACAGAAACACACAACUAACAUUAGUGAUGUGGAUUGUCAUAGCAACAGUUGCUGUUGCAAUCAUAGGUGGCGUGGCCUUCAAGUUCUAUAAGAAUCUGAAACAUCAGAAGAACAUUAACAGGGAUCAAAAGACCAUCAACAGAAAUCUGGAGAUCAAAAUGAUGAAAGAAAUAACUGCUGUUAAGCAGGCAUGUGGUAUCAUAGACCUAGAUGCAGAGAUUGGAGAGAGUAGCAGUGACACAUAUGACACACCAUCUCAACUAGACACACUAGAACCCAACUUCCUCUGUGAUGCUCAAUCUGAACGCAGCAGUGUCAUGGGAGAAGUUGGCAGGGAUGUAUUUCAAGAAGUCAUUGAAGCACAAUCUCAACAGGACAGUAUGGAGCCUAACUUCCUUUGUGAUGUAAGAUCUGAGCAUAGCAGUGUCAUGGGUGACCGUGACAGAGACUUAUUCAAUGAUUUUGAUGACAUCAUAAUGGAGUCGGGUAUUGUGAUUGGACGGAGACGCCAUGGUGAUAACAUGAUGCUCAGUAAUAGACCAAAUAUAAAUGGUGAUAGUGCAGUGUUCAACAGGUUACCAAGGACUCCAUUUUGAUAGUUAUUAACGCACAAGGUUCAUAUUGCAGAAUGUGAAAGAAAAGGGUAGUCUAGUCUUACAUCAAAUCUCUGGACCCUUCCCCUCUAUCUACAUUACAAGGUUGGGUGUGUUGUGGGAAGAAUCAUAAGAGCUUAAUGCAAGACUACAGACAGUCUUGUUUCUGG